AGCAUGGAGGCGUCGCUGAAAACAUUCACCCGUUCACCACAUAAACACACCACCAGGAAACCCGUUUCACAAUAAACGGAUAAGGACACAAACAGACCCGAUCAUCUCCGCUGGCAACGUUUAUUUCCUCACAUCACAAUGAAAUGAGGGGAGCAUGGGGGCCAAAGAGUCGAGGAUAGGAUUCCUGUCGUAUGACGAGGCCGUCAAGAGAGGUAAGCCGCAAAAGCAACGGGCUAAAUCCACCUCAGGGCGCUAGCUUAGCUAACUGACAGCUUUUAGGCUAACUGGUGUUCUGAGGAGUUGUGCUGCGUUGCCGAAAAAUACUACUAUAGCGCGAACUGUCAGCAAAGGUGAUCGGUUUGCGGUAUCAGUUUAUGGGUUUUUCAUUACGAAGGGGUUAAGUGAAAUAUACGAAUAAACCAAGCUGCGUUGAUGUCCAAUUUGAAAGAAUUUCAUGACAAAUCAUUUCAGGAGACGUCUUCUAUCCACCAUCAGAUACUACCGGUACAAAAUCACUUCAUAUGACGCCACUUCAUUUGUGACACCACUAUAAGACCCGUACUCAAGCUUCAAGGAGAAACGUGUCUUAUCUGAAAAAUAUCUUCAAUCACAUAAUGCUCCCAGUGGUGACAAGCGCCUGAACUGUGGCUCUACACAGGCGCAAAACCGCUUAGCGAAACAUCUCGAUCGGUAGCACUAUUCGGUAGAACACCGGUACAUACAGGAGGACGUCCUGGCCAACCGUUAAAAUCUUGCGGUUUAAGCGGCAUUGCUAACCAGAAGGGUUUGACUCAUGUCAUUUAAAGAGUUAACGCCUUCCACUGAACAGCCAGAGUCUAUUAUUCAAUUCGGGUUAGAAAAUGGGGGAAAGUCUGGCCGGUUUGUGUUAAGUGUCAAGUAAAACACAUGCUGAGCCUGUAUGUUCCGCAGUCGCCUUUUCCCGAAAAUACACAUCGUUUGGUGCAGGAGUGAGGCAUUAUCUGCUAAAUGUGCUCCAGUAUGUCGUGGCCAAAAGUCUCUGUACAGACUGAGUCCACCCCGAUCGAGACAUUUUCUCUGGCAACUUGUAAAUUGUAAUGAUUGAUAACCUAGGGUUCGUUUGUCCUCACAAGUUAACGCAAUCACAUUAAAUUGACACAUUUUUGUAUGAUGUUUGGUGAGGGAUUCUCGCGAUGGCAACGCAAGCGUUGCUAGUGUUGGCUAACAAGGAGGGAUGGGCUGGCUUUGCCAAAACAAAAGUGAGGAUAGCCUUUAAUAUGCCGAAGAUUUUUACGUUGUGCAAAAAUAAUCGGGUUAAGAGUGGUUAUGUACGUGCUGCUGUGUGCUUGUUGUCUGAUAGCUCGGCAGAAGGUUAGCUUGAGAGCUACUGCUAAGUUUACAGAGGGAAAUGCCUCCAGACUGUUUGCUUCAGACCCUGUCUAGCGGAUUUCGAGCCUAGCUAUGUGAGAUAGGCUAGUCGUCUGGGUUUGUUUGCACUUAUAGAUUGCUCGAUGAAAUGAUCGGUUGACUUCAUUGGCAGCCAGUCUGUAAUUUGUGUCGUAUUACACAGAAACUAUAUUGGCAACAUACAUAUUUCAGGCAAGUUGCAAAAAAAUCAAGUACAGGGAAAUAUCGUUUCAGACAUAAACCAAAAUAUUCAAGGGGCCUCAAUGCAGGUGCGCUCCAGGAUGGGUGGCCAUAUCUUGCCCAGCCCCGGAUUAAAUUGGCCACCUCAAGAGCCCCCAACAUGUAAGACUAUGACUAGCAAUUUGCCUUGUGAGAGGUGAGACUUUGUUUCAGAUCAACCAUUUGAGCCCUGUGGCAACAUGUUACUAAAAGUUUGUUUGCUUUUAAGAAAGGGCAUUAUGUCAAGAGAGGUGCCAAGGGUCAGUAAAUGUCCAUUAAAAGUGAAAACAAACUGCAGACUUUGACACUGGAAUGUUGCCAGCAGGUGUGUUUCUAAUUCAAGGUGUGUUUUUUUGGUGUGUCAUGAAUCAAAGCUGUAUGUCUGAGCUCAUUCCCCAGGUGAAUCUGCAGCCAGGUGUGUCACUAUUAACUCCUUCCUACGUUUAACAUUUAACUUGUCCCUCUAUUGUUCCUUUAAAAACACAGAAAGAGCCACAUGCAAGCUGCUAUAAGAGUUUAGUCGAUGCUUGAGUUGAUGUUAUCCCUCUGAACAGCAGAAACAAUCAAAUGUAACCAGAUAACAAUUACACCUUGCUACAUGCCAAAACUGAGUGUUCGUACUGUUCUGCAUAAAUUGUGCUUUCUUAUAGUUUUGAAAUACUACAUGAUUUUUGGACAGCACUAUGUCCAAAAUGUAAAUAAUGGGCUGCCCUGUUGACUUCAGAUGUUUGGGCUAAUACAUUUUAGCAUACAGUAAAUAAGGAUAUAUGUCACUGUAGCAUUUUAUAUGCAUAUUGAACAAUUCAGUUUGAACCCACAGCUUUAUUAAAAGUCUGAAAAAAAUAAUUUCCAGGUGCACAAGUAGAAUUUAUCUGCAGCUUGGACUGAGAAGAAGACAGGCACUGCACUGGUACCAUGUGCUGUUACAGUGUCAUAGGACAAAUUACAGCUUUAAUAAAACAAGAAUUUUUUUACACGCCCCAAAAGAAAAAUUGUGGUUUUGUUUCACCUUUCUGACAGAUUCAUUGUGGUCUUUCCAGGGUGAUAAAUGGCUGACUAAUUCCUAGGAAGCCAUGAAAAAUAGUCCAAUAGCACACCAUGCACAAUUUCCUUGGUUUUCUUUGUAUUGGUUUGUAGUGCGUUGUUAUCACUGCACUUUACCACUUCAUUCACGGCAUGCUGGUGAAGCCUGGAGUUGUCUGAGUUACUUAACCAAGAAAUCAGAGCUGCAUCAUCAGAAUAUUUGGGAAUGUGGAGCUAAAUGAUAGAGGUCUGCAUGAAAGGUAAAAAACACAGCUCAACUUACACAACCCAGAGAUACACUGGCUGUGGGAGAUGAGGCAAACUAUAGAAUCAAAUAUGAGUUCAGCUCUGGUUGCUGUUUGUAAUGUGCUGAAUGUUAGUGACCAAUCUAGAAAGAGUGCUCUUGUUUAUGCACUGCCUUAGUCUAGAUAUUUGUAGAUCUUAUGAUCAAGAGGGGCAAGCAUUUUCUGUCUCACAUCCCUGUUUAAAGAUGAAGUCGUGUGGUUUAAGUUUCUCUUUUGUUUUACUAUCAAGAUAAAUCAGCAAAAUUUUCUGUCAAUCAGAUGUCUUAAUGGUUCUAGGGACAUGGUGUUACAUUCUAAGUAUUGUUCUACAGUAUUGCUGCACUCACACAUGUACAAAACUCCAAAUCACUUCCUGAAAUCUCAGGGUGGGCAGCAAGUGUUGACACAGAUAUCUAAAUAUUUCUCUCGUCUCUCUCGGUCCCUUAAUCUGCAUCUGCUGGUAAAUUUUUCCAAAGAAUUUUAGGUGAUGUGAGAAAGCAGCGGGAAAGAUUCAGGAAAAUUCAGUGCAAGCAGGUCGGCAGGGGUGAUGACGUUUAUGUUGUGCAACUGGUUAGAACCCAAAUAACAGGAUGAAUAAAAACUCAACAGAGGAAGAGAGGGCAAGCAUUUUCAAGACAAGAACAGUGAACAUGUCUGCACAGUCUGUAGCACUGAUAUGAAUACAAAAUCUGUCACCGUAGCUUAGGUCUCUGUUGCUUUGUCUGUCCUCAUGUUGUAAUCAUUACACUGUGGCUUUCACAACAUGCUUUUGAUGUCAUGUCUUGCCUCUUGAGACUCAGCUCUGAUCCACAUGACAGAGUAGAAUGCAUCCCUUCCUCACUCUCCCACGAUAGGUGGUCAAGAGCUAGGCAAGCAGCUCUGCUCUUAGCCUAAUUUAGCUCUCAUUUGGAAACGCCAGACUAGGUUAUUAGAGAGUAUUAAAGUGAGGUUAGUCAAUAGGUUGUAUUACUUUUUCAAUGCACGCAGCAUAUAUUUAAGAAUAUCUACCAUUUCAUCCAAUUAGUAGCUGAAGUUUUGAAUCUGUAUGGAGAUAGAUAAAGAACUCAAUGAUCAUUAUCUCUGAGAUCAGAAGCUGGGAUGAAGUUAGGCAGUACCUGUUAGUAACUCUUCAUGUGUAAUCUACUAAUUGGUGUGAAAGCUGUGCCAGUGGUGUGACCCACCUGAUAUGCAUGUUAAAUUUAGAGUAGCUCUGAGUCAAUGUACUGGGUUGUUUUUCCUUGAAGUGCAGUGAGAUCAUCUUAUAUUCAAGGUUAAGUAAUUAAAUGUCAAUGUUUGGCCAUAACAGAGGGCAGCUCCACCUGUCUGUCAAGCGAGUGAUUGAGGCCUACCAUUACUUACAGCUUCAGAGCCAGAGGGACAAAAGAUGGAGAGACACAGUGAUCAUCUAACACAAAGUGGUGGAAAAAACAGCUGUUAAGCAGCAGAAGGAAAUAAGGAGAGAGAGUAGAGCGUGACAAGGAUAGAUCCCAGGUUGUCCACUUGAGGCACAACAUCCGAAUAUGGUGCACACACCUAGACCGCAUGGCUAACAGUGCCCCUGAAACACUGCACUUCUUAUCAAAUCAGGUAUUUUAGGAUGCAGUUUUCCAAAAAUACACCAGUAAACUCCAUGGAGGACUUUUAUUCAUGUCUUAAAGCUCAAGUGAGGAACUUUUGUUUUGCGGUAACGUUGGUGCAAACUGCUUUAAUGGACAAAGCAGUCUUUGCUUAUCUUGUCCUUUACAUGCUUAAGUACUGUCAUCUGGCAAAAAAAUCCCAUCCUAUUGGCUUUUGAAAAUGAAUCAUAACAGUUGUGAUUUUUUAAAAAUUGAAAUGAUGAAAUUAGUGCUGUUUCUGUAGCUUCUUGGCUGAUAACUUCCCCCUUACACCAAUUUUAGACAUCAGAAAUUACAAUAUAAAAGCUGUAAAUCUUGUCACUAAUGGUCUUGCUUGCUUUUGUACAACAUAACAAAGCAUUAGUUUGAAUUUCAUGCUGUUUCAUGAACAUCAAAAAAACCCUCACAGGAGCUUUAAUACAGAGUGUUAUAAUGGUAAUUAGUAUGGUUUUAUCACUAAGGCCUCCAAGUGAUGAUUCAGUUUCCAAACAGAAAUGAUGAAAUAAUAUUUAAGAGCAAGUGGUGCAUGGUUCUCGUCAAAUCAAGGUUGUAAUUGAUGCAUUAUCAGAGAGUUGGAGCAGUUAUGUAAGAUGCAGUGGAGCAUUAUCAGGAAGCACAUGGGGGAAGUUAAACCUGAUGGCCUCUAUGUUGAACUUUACUCCCUUGGUUGGCCAUAGGUGAACUUUGACAGAUUAUGAGAGGGAAGCUGUUACACAUUGAUCAAGGAUGCUCCGAUAUCCGUGCCAUGGUCUACAGAGACAGACCUCCUUUUGUAGUUAUAUGUUUUUAUUAUAUUAAACUAUUUUUAAAGCGUUCGCUCCAGCCAGGCAUCCUCUGACACUUAAAAUCAUGUCAGAACAAAACUUGGUUAUUGUCACUCUUUGUGUGGCGGUUUGGACAUUUCUAAAGCUGACUGCUGUUCCCACUCUGAUGAUCACAUGUGACCACACACACACACACUCAGAGGCGGUGGAAUUAUCCAGCCAUCCAGCCUUAUCUGACCAGUCACAUGACAGCCUUCCCUAAUUCCCACAGCAGUCUCGACUGCAGCAAUUACAGGGUGAGUUUUCAUCAGCGCUGGCUGCUGUAGGAUGGCAGGGAGGGUAAUGGUCAGGGAGCAUCCGGCGUCCUUAAAGGUUACGCCUAGAUGUUUUCCUGUAGUAAAACCAGGAUCAUUCAGACUUCCUGCUGGCCUCAUCUUACAUGGUUGACUGUGCACUCUCUGUUCUCUUUGUUCACAGUUUUCUUACCAUGUUGCCACCUGAGUAAUACUACGUGUCUAUGUAACAAGUGUAGCGUGUUGUUGUGGACGGAGGUGUUUUGUUGUCAUCUUUUUUUAGCCUGACAUCGUUCAAAGAUAACAUUAAGUGUGAUGAAAACAAACACAGCAGCCAGCAUAUUGCCUGUAACUCUUGCUUGCUGAACCAUUUGCUGUUCUUCUUGUUUUAUACAAUGUCUGUUUGAUACACGUCCCAACAUAAAAUAAAUUCAAAAAGAUAUUUUUUCACCUCCAAAUCGGCUCCGAUUAAUCUGGGGUGGUUUAUGACUAGCUUGGCUCCAAUUGGCAGGAUCAAGAUAGUUUAAAGCAUGAUCAUAACACCCAGACCAGGAAAGUGUUGCUUUUUUGCUCAAAAUAGUUUUUCUUACUCAUUGUGAUAAAUCCAAACUGUAUGUUAGUUAAUGAUUGUAAUGAGAUUGUGAUUUAUUGUGCAGCUGAAUUAAACAUUGUACCAAGAUUACAGAAUUGGAUUUCCAUUCAAUAUUGACUUUUAAUAGGUUAUCAGUAUAAUUAAUAUCAGUCAAUACAACACAGAAGUAGAGUAAUACGGUCAAGUAGAGCAAACAUGAAACAGAAGUGCUCUAAAAUUAACCGUAUGUUUACAAUGAGUCAGAUUUAGAGAAGCAGUCAUUCAGAUUUGAAAAGGUGAAAGUCCUCUUCCUUUUUCCCAGAGAUCCUUAUACGAUAAUAAAUCAUUUACUUGAACUAGCAAAACACUUUCCACGUCAUUCUCUGGCGUCUCUAAUAAUCAUGAGUGAUAAAGUGUAUCUGUAAAGAGGGCAAAGGCCAAACUAAGAUAAGUCUGUACUUCACUAACAGGGAGAGGUCAUCUAAGGUGUAAGAUGACCUCAAUUUCUCGAAAUAUGAUUCAGGCUUUCACAACGCAAAUACUGUAAAAGUCUGUCUGAAUUAACCUCACUAGAUGAAACGAUAGUUGUGUUUUAAAUAGCUCUGCACUCUCAUUGUGUACAUUUCAUUUGUUGGAGUGAGGACUUGGUGUACCGUCUAUGAUUUCAUGUCAGUCAGAUGAAGCCAAGCUAGCUGUCAGCUACCCUCAGAGUCAUCACUGGGUUUUUCAGUUAAAUUGGAACAAUUAUGCAACAUUUCUAUCCGCAUGGUGUUGUGAUUUAUCCACAAAGCCACUGCAUGUUUUCUGUAAGUUAAUUUGUAGUUAAUGAUUUUCAUACUCUUAAUUUCUUAGGUCAUUUCACAGAAGGUAGGGAGGAUACUUCCAGUACUUGACUGAUAAAGCUCCGCUAACACGCCUCCUGUCUGUUCUGGCAGAGGUGUUGACUCACCUUUGUGGUGUUUCUGAAGCUGUGGGUUGUCAAGCGGUUGUAUUGCGUUGUGUUAUGUUGUAACACCUGGCAGCGCACCAGGUAGUGUCAAAGGGGAAAUCUUGUAUUUAAUCCAGGGCUCUGCUGUUACACAUUGAAGGGUCUGAAAGACAAACACGUACGAAAAGUUCUGAUAUUGCUCUGGUCAGUAACCCGUCAAUGAACAGGAAAUGUUUUUUUUUCAUUGGUGGUUUUCAUUAAAAUCAUGAUAAUAUUUUACUAAAGCUUGCACAAGGCUUUAAUAAACACAUGUUUAAAGGAUGUGAAUGAUCUAUUAUAUUAGCAAAACCCCUUUAAAUAUCAAUCUGUCAAUGUUGCGCACACCCCUUGAUCCUCCAUAUAGAGUCUCUGGAACAUCUCCAUGUGCUAUUUGAACCUUUGUGGUUGACCACCACUCAGCUCAGCACUGCAACAACCCCGGUCAUCUGUCUGACUCCUCUGACAGUCACCUGAGAACCACAAAGCCCGGCAUUUCUUCCUCACGUCAGCAGGCCUUAUCAGCCCAGGUGGCAAACCGCUGCUUUGCAUUCCUGCCCUGUGCUCCUGGUUUGUGGAUGUGGAUUUGUCUACUGCUGCUGUAAAGGUUUACAGUUGAAUGUUUGCUUUAGAAACAUACGCAGACUGUCACUGAGAUAGCUGCAAGUUUGCAUGGAAAAUUAUAAGACAAUACGACUUGUUUUAGUUUGGUUGUCAAAUGAAAACAUCAUUGAUUGCGUCAGUAUUUUUGCAUCUGUGGAAUUUAACUUCAAACUUAAUGUAAGCCCUGUGGUGGAAUCUCACAAUGUAUGUUCAUCUGUGGCAAUUUUUGGACUUAUAUAGCAGGCUGUUACAGGCCACUUAGUUUUAAGGUGACUCAAUCAUUUGGCUCUGAGAAUUUGAGCAACUUAGGAACACAUAGUCUAAAGCCUUAAGUAUCAGUUAAGAUUCACAACAGGGGUGUGGGCUGUUUACUCUCCUUUUCAGUCUAAUCCAACUCUGCAGUGGAUUGCAUGAAGCAGGGAUGGGAAUUAAAAUGUAAUUUACAUUACUCAAUACUCGUCACACAAAACAGCACAGGACAAAAACUCAUAGCAUGAUGCAUAAAAUGUCUGCUAGCCUCUAAAACCAGUCACAAAUAAUACCAUUUAUCAUUUGGAUAGGUUGUGUCUGGCAAAAGACAUUAUAAUAAGGUUGGGUUCGUCAACUCUGAUCUAAUCUGGAGCCUUUCAGCACAAGAUACGGAACAGCAGUUUCUCCUUUGCAUUUAACAUUUGCCAAGGGAAAUCCCUUUCCCACCGCCUCUUUGUCUUUACUUUUACUGUUUACCAAUGUUUCUUUGGUGGCAAUUGGCAUAUUUCCACUAGGCCCUGUGCCUUCCUUCUCUGGGCCUGUCUUCAUCCAGUACUUGAAAUAAGACAUUUUGAUACCUUUUAAAAGUCCUGUGCCCUGUGUGUAGGGAUUUAGGUGGGUCCGUUAGGGUUCCCUCAAUAACACUUUUGUUCCCUUGAAGUUCUGAACAUUUAUGAUUGACAGGGUUAUAAUUAGUUACUUUCAAAAUGUAAAAAGUUAAAAGAAUCUUGUAAUAAGUAAAACAGCAAAACAUUUUAUUUCAGAUAUGGGUAUAAAGAAUGUCCAAAUACCUUUUACUUAAGUUUUUUGGGAAAAAAUAGGGAACAUGCUGAUGAUAAAUUACUUUAACUCCUGUCACCUAAAAAACAGAAACUGUCUACGCCAGAAAAUCCAGACAGGGCAUGAAUUCUGUUUAAGAGUUUUUAAUUAUUCAUUUUGAUGAAAGGAGCUGAAAGGCAGAAUGCUUGCUUUUGAGUUUAUUUUUGUUUACCAGCAUCUGCAGAUAUAGUUCACAUUAGUAACAGUGUUUUUUUUAUAUAUUUACUGUAUUAGUUACACAAGCCCUUUUAAUAAGGCCAAAAUAAAAUUGUAAUGUAUUAUGAACUAACUGGGCUACUUUGUUUUCAUGAUCUAUUUCUUUUUCUUACUCCGCGAUACUUGUUCGAUGUCUGUCUGUCUCUGUGACAGACAGACAUUGAACAAUUAUCUACUUUCCUGGUUACCUGGGUGACCAGUCUUGCCCCAUCUUAGGAUUGGUUGGCUGGAGCAGCACCUUGCCUAAUGGUAAAGGCUGAGAUGUAGAAAAUCCCCCAAGCAGCUAAACAACACACUGAAUGGUCUUAAAAACACUCAGAUGCAGCAGUUUCUCUCUUUGUGCUCACACAUUGCUGAUUACGCUCUUUCCUCCUUGAGAACAGCUCUUCAAAAAACUAAAUGGACUCAUCUAGUGUGCAGGAUAACCGUCUUUAAAGCCCCUUUCUUAACACAAACUACAGCGUGUUAAUAUGAUGUGGGGAAAAAAUCGUAUUGCUUUGGUUUGACUAAAACUGGACUUGUAAAUACGUGUCAGUCUGCUUGUUUGGCUGAAAUCACACUUAAGUCAAACUUCGGGGUGGGGGCAGAUAACUAUAUAUAUAUAUAUUAUCACCCAUUGCUGGUAAACUGGGACAGGGUCUGUUGUCAAAUAUUGCCUGAUCAUGCGCUAACUGAAGCAUGACUUAACUGUGCAUGUAAACCCACAGUAGCAUGCUGCUGCAUGAGCUGGCUGGAUGACUUGUGCUGUCUUAUCUUGUUUAAUACAAUAACUGCAAUUGAAGGGUUCGAUAAAAGCAUCUACUCUCCAACAGAAACCUCUCCCUCUCUAAAGGGCCCCUUUCUGUAACCUUUCAGUAACAAUCUGAUAAUAAAGGCCAUGCAAGACAGAUGGGUUAUAGCAUGAUUGUAGGGAUUUAUGUCAUAGUUAGCCCAGUACAUAAAACUAAAGCCUCUCUUUCCCCUCUUCUCAUUCUCUUUAAACAAAAGCCACACACUGGAGGCUUGGCAUCCUGCCCUCACAUGAAAGGGAAAGAGCUUUCUAAGAACAGCACACCCUGUAUGCUUCUGCCUGCAGGAGUCUCUGUUGACGGUUCUCAAUGACUGAAAGGUCACCAGGGCUCAUGUGAGAUCAGUAUUUGCAUGCUGCUCCAGACGCCAGGGUGUUUCCAAUUUUGCUGUUAGAGUGUGCCCAGUUUAUCUAAUAGGAAAGGAAGCAUUGAGCCACAGCAGGAGGCUCUGCUGGCUAUUGCUGUGAUCAUUUAGGAAAGCAGCUUCACGAGAGAAAACCUGCAGUGAAUGUUUGUUUGUGUGUGCUGGAAAUGCAGGUGUGUGUGAAAACUUCGAGAGCAUGGAGCUGAGAGUGCAGUGGUGUGUGUCUGACAGUAACAAUUCCCCAGCCUUUGUCUGAAGACUUUGACUGUGUGUGUGUGUGUGUGUGCGUGUCUGUGUGGUAGAAAAGCGUGUUGGCACACUUGCAGAAACCAGAGCCUUUGUUUGCCCUGCAGUGAAUGGUAACCAUUGCAGUUAAUGCAGCCCACUGUCCACGAAUACAUCCAUUGCAUCACAGCAUCAACAAUACACAAAGUGUUCUGUAUAAUGUGGAUGGCUUUGUGCUCUGUCCCCAUUUGUCCGUGCAAUCGCAACAACUUUGCUAUUAUCCCUUAGCUGUACUCUGCUAUCAAUAGUUUAAUAGAACACUACUUCCAUUCAUUAACUUUCUAAAUAUUUCUUCCUUUACCUCUGGGUUGUCUUUUGUGCCUCAAUAUUUUCUAAAGAUGAGAUCCACUGCUGAUUAAACAGAAUUUUAAAUUCAGACUGGUCAACAAGCCUUAAGGUAAGACAACCCUAAUAAAACAGUCAGAGUAAGGCUGGUUAUUUAUCAGGUAUUGUUAUAGCUCUGUGCUCUGGUAACAUUUUUGACAAAGUAGCUCAGCAGGACAGAACACAUGCUUCUUUACAUCUCUCAGAAACAUGUCUAAAAACCUCUACUUCAGUCUUUUGUCCACCAUAUUGUUCAAUAAUCCUAAAUUCUUUAAUGUCUCAGCAACGUAGAUGAGUGAGUGAGCGACGGACAAGCUUUUUAUCUAUUCUUUUGGCCUUGUGUAAAUCCAUCUGUAAUGACGGAUUAAAAAUAACAGAAAAAAAGUCGUAAAGUUCAUCUGUCACAGUCUAUCACACAUCAGUCUUGUCUCAGAUGGUUAUUUGUUUUAGAUUGUUUAUUGAUUGAUGCAACAGAAAAAUACCAUAGACUUCAGAACAUGGCUGACAUUUAUGUCAGAGCACUAGGGGUGUCCUGAUACGAUAUUGAUAUCGGAUAUUGGUCCGAUAUCAGCAAAAAACGAAUAUUGGAUUAUAUCAACCUGCAUCUAAAAUCUCUGAUAUCAGCACUCUGAGACAAGUAGUCCAUUCCAGACUCCACUCCGGCACCUCUAUCUAGCAGCAACCUGAUCCAGCAAGCUGAGCACACAAAAUCACAACAACAGUGUGUACGAAGGCACUAACAAAGUAGCAAGGAAUAAGAAUGAUGUCGGCUCUGUGGUAGUAUUUUUUGUUUAAAUCCAAAAAAGACUUUGCAGCAGAGUGACAAACUUGUCAUGCACAGUUUUGUGCCAAUAUCAGAUCAAUAUUGGUAUCGGUCAAUAUUAAAGGCUACAAUAUUGGUAUUGUAUCGGAAGUCAAAACAUUGUAUCGGGACACCCUUACUAUUCGUCAUCAUUCGAGAGAUCAAAAAAAAUUUUAUAUAAAACACUAUCCCGUAAGUGAUGUAGGUUAAAUGUUCAUUUAAUGUCAUUCAGAAUGGGGAAAACAUAAGAUGACAGUAACAUUGUCCUUGGGAGCCAUGAUGUUGAUGCAGGUUAUUUAGAAGUGCUAAUAGUCAGCUCAGUUAAUUGGUCUGUCUCUGUUCUGAAUGUCACAUUGAUCAAGGCUGCAAAUAACUAAAUAAUAGUUGAGACUUAUGAAAUACCAAAAAGUACAUACAAACUAAUGAUUUGUCAUUAGAAAAACUUCCAGUGACAGAUAUACAAGCUCAUUUCAGGUUUGUCAAAUGAUUAGUCAGUCAUUUGUACACAGCCUGCACACAGAGCGCCCACACAUAAUUUGGUAAUUGAUCAACAGAUGAAAGUUUUUGUUCAGUAUACUUCACGUUAUCAUUCUGUGAUGAAAGUCCAGGCCUGGGUCGGUUAACUGUAAACCCAGUAGCCAAAAAAACACAAAUAUCUCAGUCUGCACAGAUGUUGCAGGCACACAGAGAUAGUGGCGCGCUAAGAUGUGUUUCAGUUGAAGGAGUGACCCUGUUAACUGGUGAUUUCCAGCCAAUGUGUCGGUGGUUAUUGUUGUUACAACAACAGCUGGAAAUGGAAGAAGUCCUCCAGAUGCCUCUCUGUCUGUUCAUUACAGACACAUCCGAUGAGUAAAUUCUUACAUAAUGAUGAAAGGAGAUGCUUUCUAUUUUUUGCACCUGAUGUGACGACCAGAUAACAUGCUCUCUCAUUAGAUCGUAUCACUAUUACAGCUCUGGAAAGAACUGCGUCUUCCUCCUUCCUCUUCCUGCUUUCCUGCAGUCGGCAUCGUGGGCUAACCUCAAUUAAAGAUAUUUUUAAUUUGUUCAACUGACAAGCAUGUAUGACAGCAUUUACCGCAGUUUGACUGUAGCUCUGUAGCCAGGCUGUAGCUGACAGUUAAAUCAAAGAAGUGAAACCUCCACACUAGACUUUUGCUUGCACAGGGAAUCGAGAGAGAAAUACUUCACUCCUCCAGUCUACAGAUAUCUCAUGGUGAAGUCUGUUGAUGAACUCUGCUCAGAUGUCUUGGGCCUUGAAUGGAGGGGGACAGCAGUGAUCUGUAAAGCAGCUGUCCACUGGGUGGGUUAGUUUAUCUGUCAUCUCUCAGUGGAGCUUCACUGAUGGACAGCCCGGUCUGGCAGAACCGUCAGCAGGAUGUCCAUUAACCUCUAGCGUGUCUGCUAAGAUUGAGUGGGUAAAGGUUCAGUGGAGUGAAAGUGUAACAUCAAGUCAGAUAAUGAGCCCUUCAACCUCUCCUCUGCACCGCUGGUUAUUAAUGAUACCUGCACAUGCUCAGAUAGGUGAUCAAAAAGCUCCUGAUGGAUGACUUUCACAUGGGCUCAUAGGAGUCGUCACCAAUGCUGAUGUCGCCUCAUAUUGUUCUUCACGGUUUGAGCAAGGAUGUGUUCAUAUUGAUCCCUUCUACAUGUAAAAGCUGCACAGUCUCUAUACAGGUCUGUUGUAACAAACUGAAACCAAUUUGCACGUUACUCUUCAGUAUAGUAAACUUAGUUGAACAGUGAAAGAAAUAUCUAAAGGCUGUUUGCCAUCGAGACAGAUAAGAGCCUUUACCAAGUCUUACACAGUGAUUUACAUAACUAGUGCACUCAUGAACGACAGCUGCUGCACAAAUUUGAAAUGCAUUUUGUAUGAUUAUGUACAGGAAAGCAGCUGGAGAAGCUGCAUCUUAUCACUUGGGCCCCAGCUUGUUCUCAUCUUGCCGCUUUCUCCUAUUCAGGCAGGUGUGCAGUGAAUAUUCAGGGAGCUGUACUAACUAAGUGUCGAUAAAUCCUUUGUCGAUUUUGCCCACAUAGUCACUCUAAGGCAGUGGUUCUCAAGUCAAGUCCUCAAUGCCCACUGUCCUGCAUGGUUUGGAUGUUUCCCUGCUCCAACACACCUGAUUCAAAUGAUCAGCUUGUUAUCAAGCUCUGUAAUGGCUUAAUAACGAGCUGAUCAUUUGAAUCAGGUGUGUUGGAGCAGGGAAACAUCCAAAACAUGCAGGACAGUGGGCCUUGAGGACUGGACUUGAGAACCACUACCUUAAGGUGACUUACAUUUGCUCAAAAGUCAAAGCAGGUGACUUAAAGUAUCAAGACUUACAGACUGAAAUUCAGUUUAGUGUGUGAAGACGUGUUCAGUUUGAAUUCAGGACGAAGAGAAUACUCUUUUGUUCAACACUUCUCCCUCUCAGCUGCUCGGUGUCGGUGCUCGGUGUGUUUUUAGCUAAUGUUUGCUCAAACUAAGGCUAAUGUGUUUUCUCAUGGGUUUUCGUGUCACUGCUGUGCUGAUGGUGCCCCACUCUUCUGGUCAUUCCCACAAGAUAACACUACUGUCUCAGUCUGGAUUUCAUCCUGCCUCCGUGAUAAACCUAAAUCAAUGAAGAAUCGCCUUCUUCAGCUCUGCUGCUUUUUGUCAUCCCAGCCAGUCCCUCCAUACCACCACAAAUCAGUAUCCACUGUUGUUCAACCAGAUUAUACCAACAUUAUUCUUAAAUGCUCAUAUUGAUCUUUUACUCUGCUCAAGAAGGAUCAGUAUCAGUAAAACUAAAGUAUUAUAUCACUUGUAAAAUGCUGUGUUUGCUACCCUCUACGAUGGGUCCAGGUGCAGCUCCUUCAGCUGAUGACCCUCGAUGAGGACACAGCCCCUGUGACACACACACACAGAAACAGAUCCAGACAGACAGACUCACUGGCCUGUUGGCAGGGUCAAAACAGUGCACUCCAAUUUGAAGUCCUGAAAUUGCUUGCUGUAUUUGAACAGAAGUCCAAAACCUGAAAAGUAUUCAGUUUAUCCAACUGAAUAAAAAGGCUUCAGAGUAUUCAAGCUGAAUAUUUACUGUCUGCUCAAAGAAUGAAUGAGUUUCUGCGAGAACAUUUCAAACAUGUCUUGGUUCUGAUGCACACGACAGGCCUCCUCAACAAGCUGUUCUUGAACUGUGAUUUGGCAAAGAUUAAAAAGUGCAAAUGUGCUGUAAAUGCUGGAGAGAUAAGGGUUAGCUUGAAGACAAUGGCAGCUGUUUGGCUCUGCAGUGUCUCUUUUUAUUCUCGUCUCUUGAAUACAGUCAGCUCUGCCUUACAUGACACACAGGGCUGCUCCUUUCUUCUGCCUCUGGAGCUUUGUGCGCUCUGCUGAUCCACGUGUGUGAUUGGCUGCCUGCAGAGCUGCUGAAGCCUGUGAUUCAGCACUUCAGCGCUAAUCAUAUCUGCGCUCCUAUUGGGUGGCUUUUAUACCCCUUUCAUAUGUGAGAUCAACAGAAAAGCAUAUUUUUGUUCAUGAACAUAUUUGCUGUUUUGUUAUUUUAUGUAAUGAGUUAAAAUUAAACCAGGCACAGAACAAGAAAGCAGUGCUCUUCAGUACAGAGCAUUUCACACAGUUACAUGUAUAUGAACACCUUGAAGCUGCUCAGCCAACCAGAGGUUCACCGUCUUGCUGUUUUGCAGUGCAGACAGAUUUAUCACCAUCUAUUUUUUGCUCAAAAAUGAUGAUUUUGAGUGACUUUAUUUUAAGGUAGCAUAGUGCUUAAAAGUCAGACACAAUUAAGAGAAAAGAGGACAUUGUAAAUGACUGGUAGUGAGGGGCUGAGGUCAGAUAUCAGGGCUAUAGUUUCAGUACAUGAGGUGUAUGGUUUAACCACUGAGCUAAACUUGUGCUCCGGUGUUACACUUAUUCAAAUUAGCCUUGUAGUCAUAAAUGAGUAUAACCUGAUGUUGUUGCAGUGUUUGUCUUUUAUACCCUUCCCUUUCCAUCUCCUCCUUUCUCACUGUUUUGACCCAUGGCAGACAGCUGUUCAUGCCCGACCAAUUUAUGGGCGAGCCUGAAAUCGGCCAAAACUUGACGAUUUUUCGCAGAUAUUUUCAGAAAUGCAAUGCGGAGAAUAAGAUUCGGUUUCACUUCGAAGAUGUUCCGCCAUUUGAAAAGUUCCCUAACUUAUCCUGUAGAUGGCGCAGCGACCUCAUGACAAUCUUCAUCCACUAACUACCUCACAGCACAGCAGAGUGACGGAAGCAGGCGGCUUAGGGACGCACAGAGGAGAGUGGUCCACCGCAAUGGUAAUUAAACUAGUUUGUGAAGUAGACAAUAAGUCGACAAGUUUCAGUUCAACCCACUUUACGAUGUUCCCCGCUGUGCUGGUCUCGGUCACGCCGAGUUAAUGGUAAAUCACUAUGUGGUAUGCAAGCUUAAGUUAGAGUUAGCCAUCUGCUAUUAGCCUUGCUACACUGUUAGCCGUGCCAAUAACGGUAGAAUAAACAACAGUACAUAUUACGUGAUUGAGCUACUUCUCUUACUGAGGCAGCUGCAUGUCUCCAGAUGAGAUUGGACCGGAGGAAAUGUGUAAUGUGAGAUAAGACACGGAGGCACCGAUCAGCGGCUGGGGUGGGGAUAAUUAAAAACGCUUUUCUGGUCAGAGUUUGAUCAGUCGGUCUUCCUGUCGGCGGGAAGAGCAGUAGCCUACAGUAUUCUACAUUAUAUAUUUAUCCUUUUUAUAACUUAAUAAAAGAAUAUAAAAAAAUCGGCUGAUUAAUUGGUAAUCAGACUUUUUCCCCCCAAAUAAUCUUUAUCAGCAUCGGACCCAAAAAAUCCAUAUCGGUCGGGCCCUAGUUCACAUUGUGUUUGAUCCUGCUCGAGGUUUCUCCCAUUUUAACGCCAGUUGUUGCGAAGUGCUUGCUCAUGGUGGAUUCUUUUAAAUAACAAAACAAGGAGUUUGGUCUGUAUCUGUUUUUCAGUGGUGUAAAUUUAGGAAUUGACCAGUUGAUAGUUGACUUAAGCUUAGGAUCAGUCCUUAAAAAGGACCAGAUUUACAGUAUAUUUUACAUUAUGGUGUAAAAAUCUGUGAUGAGCAUAAAUAUUGGAAAGAGGGUUAAACGUCUUUAGAGCUCACCAAGUAUCACAUCAUGGGACAUCAUGUAAGUUGUACAAAAAGUGAAGUGUGAAAAUGGCCCUGGCUUUUAUGAGGUUUAUGUGUGGGACUAUUUCCUUACUGUUUGCAGAAGGACUUCCUCAAGUAUUGUUAUUGCUGCGAAGUUGCAAGCCAGCCAGAAGUCACUGUAGGGCUCCAGGAAAUAACUGAUUAUCAAAACAGAAAAAAACACCUUUGCGUUUGAUGCACUUCAGUUAUUGUGCUACAACUUCCUGGAGUUUCUGGAUUUCCCAAAAUUAGCUUCAUCUUCCAUAUCGUCAUGGUUUCCAUGAAGUCUUACGCAGCCUCUGCCCUGUCCAUAUUUAUCAUUGCUGUAAGAAAACGAAUGUAGUAGACUGUAUGAUGAGAUAAUGGCUUAAAUGCCAGAAACCAUUAUAGCAUUAUGGCAGUCAUCAUCAGAUCUAAUUAUUCUGACUUAGUAGAAAAAAAAAAACUCCAUUAUUUUUAUUUUAGUUUUAUUAUUUAUUUUUAUCAUUUUAUUUUACAAUUAUUAUUUCCUUAACUUUUGUCACAAUCCUGCUUGUACUCACUGAAGUAGUUUUGUUGAAACUGCUAAAUUUCUGCGAUAACCAGGUGUCCCCUCCCCCGCUUGACAGCGCUGUUUGCUCAAAUAUCCCAAAGGACACACCAGUGUCCCGUCAAUCCCCAGCUGCAUCAAUCCCGUCCAGCACCUGCAUCCUUGUAUUGCUUUGAAAGCAGUUUCCUUGAAUUUACUUGCCUCAUUUGCCGCUUUAGAUCACUGUGUUUGUGCAGCAGGUGAAGUGUUCAUUAACAGAGAAGAGAGCGAUAGAAGAGGAUUUGGCUGGAUCUAACACAAGUCUUAUUUCUAACACUUAAAUAGAGAUAUUCUUGCAGCCAAGGUCGGAAUGAAACUCUGGUAAUCCAGACUGAUAGCUCAUGCUCUGGUUAAGGGUUACUCUGGAGAGGGAAAAUGACACCAGAGGCUUGAAUCUCUGUUUGGUCUGUGACUUUGUUAAACUGUGCAAUGAAAAAGUGACUGUUUAGGACUCUAGUUGAUUCAGAUUUUAAUCAUCAGUAUAAAGAUUAAACUGUUCUGUCUUUUAUAUUUUCUGUUAGGUGAUGCAGCAGCUCAUACGUAAUCCAUAAUUAGUCUCAUGUUUCACUCCUCUAAGAGGCACCGUUAUUACGGCUUUUCAAGAGCAUUGUUUGUCAUUCUUACUGUAAAACAUUUUUGUCAGGCUACUCUCUCACUGUAUAACUCUAGGACUGUUUAAAAAGUAGUUAUCUAAUCUAACAAAGGUAUUUAUAAUCUCGUAAUUGGAAGUAGCAGCUCAGCUGGCAGCCUCUAAAGUCUUUUUUUUUUUUCAGCGUACUAUACUAAACAGUAGCAACUUUGAUUUAUUCAUCAUUUUAUCAGGUUUUGUCAGUUUGUGUUUAUCUACCAGAAUCCCAAAUAAGCAGCAGCUCAGCCAGCAGCAGUGGUAGUAAUUUCAAAAUGUUCUGCAUUUUAUUUGGUUUUGCCAGGGUCUGUUUUCUCAACAAAGAUAACGUGUAAAUCUUGGAGACAAAGGUUAUCAGAGGAAUCCUCACAAAAAACGUUGGCCAACAUCGAUGACAGCGACUCAGUUUACAGCCUUUUCUGUGUCAAUAGUGAAGAAACAGAUGAACACAGAUUUUGACUUUAUUAAUAGUUUUUUCCUUAAUUUUUCAGCAAAAAGUAGUCCAACAAAUGUGGUCACCAACCUGACCCCAAAAUUUUUUGUGAACUGUCUGAUUGUUGUGUGAGGAGUCUGGUGCGGUGUUCUGUCUUGGUCAUAUCACUGCUCCUCACACACUGGGCUCUAUUUUGGUGCCUCGCCGGAGACGUGCCGCAAGCGCAGCGUCAGUCAGAUCCGCCGCGCUGACAAGGCGUUCCCAAGCACAUUUUGGUAUUUUGGUGAGCCGCGCAGCCCGGCGUAAGUAUCCCCCCUCCCUAACUCAGCUCCUCCCAGCACCAUAAGUCGUAGACUGGGAGGAGAAAGGGCGUAUAGUGGGUUUAACACAGCCGAGACCUGUUUUCACCAAUCACAUAGGCUCCUCUCCUUGCCUUUAAAUCCGCCACCGGCGAGGCGUAUUACUAUUUUCAUGAAGUAGUCAAAGAGAUCAAGAGAUGUCUUAAGACAGUAAUGCCACAAGAUGGCGACAGAGGGCAGCUCCUCAACAAGUGUCCUCCACACUCUCUCAUAUGAGCACAGAUGGAUUUAGUGUGCGUAAUGUUGGACCCACUGGUAAGACAAACACCCUUUUCCACAAAUAAAGACACUCACAUAAAGUUGCUCAUAUUCAAACCUCACGUGACAAAGGUCGGUUGAGCGCACAGAUCACAACAUAAACUCCAAAAAUGGCAUUAAAAUCGGAACCAUCUGUGCGUAAAUGACGCAUCGCGCUCCGUGGCCUGGCUCUUUCUUUCAUAGAUGUUGGCAUAUAAAUUAAAUUUGGCCCACAAAACUGAAUAUUAUAAUAUCCGUAUGUCGGCUUAAAGUAGAUAACGCAUCUGAGCACUGAAACAAAUCACCUGUUCAGCCGCAGCAGCAAGCAAGACGGACAGAGGACACGGAGAUGUGUCCAGGUCGAGCUGUGCGAGAAAUAAGAGGAAGAGGAAGAAAGAAAAGGAGGGAGACGAAUUACAUAUCUUGUUAACUUCAUCAUGUGUGUUUAUUUACUAGAUAUUUAAUUUAAUUUGAUGCGGUUUCAGCUGUAUUGAUUCAGUCAGGUUGUGUGUCCAAACGCGUGCCAAACACGCUCAUCAGAUCAGAUAUAGAUGAGAAUAUAUCGAUAUAGAUCUAAAUAUAUGUGCUGACUCAGAUUAAUAGUUGAUGAUGAUUAUUUAUUGCACUGAAAUGUGCCUGACACUGUGGAAACCUGCCGGUGAGGCAUCAGUGACGUAUGUCGAUACGCCGCCGGUCUACCAAAAUACUACCAGACCAGCUGCGUUCCGCCUUGCGCUGAAAGCUGACCAGGUUUGAAUCGGCGAGCUUUCAGCGCACUUUACACGCCGUUGGCGAGCACGAAAAUGUCACUGCGCCUGCUGAUUCUGUCGACACCUCCCCCUGCCACACCACCACACCCAGCUUGGUGGAUCUCGGCUCGCCGCCGUGCGGCUCAUGCCACGAAAAUACCAAAUUGGCCUUACGCUGGGCUCCGCCAGACGAAAAUACAACUGCGCGGGGCUCGACGCCCUCCGCCGCCUCACCGGCGCGCACGAAAAUAGAGCCCACUAUCUGUGCAAAACUGCCAAAUGUAUCAUAAUGUCUUGGCUGGUGUCUCACUUUUUUUUUCUUUUUCUUUUCCUGCAUCAGUUGUGGUUUUGGACACUAUUAAAAGACUUGAAUGAAAAAGUGUGAGAUGACUUGAAGUCAUCAACAGAUGAAUCAAAUUGUGUCCAACAAUCAAAUGUUGGACGUCAGCCCUGUGACUUCAUUUUGUUUCAUCUUAAUUUUGGACGUUCUUUUCACAGUAACUGGUUUAAGUAAUUAAAAUUUAUUUUCCAAAACAACAGGCCACUCAUUAUCUGUCAUUUGUUUCCACAUGCUUAGGAAAAGCAGGAAUUUCUGUCUGGUUGCAUGUCCACACUUGAUGUUUCUUUUCCUCCAGAAGCCUCAGAGCUACUCUUGGCUGCUUUCCUUUCCUUUUAAGUCAAAUGAUUAUGUCUCAGGAAGUUUGUCCUGUGAGUUUCUCUGCAAUGCUGAGGCUUCUUCAAGCACAGUUUAGAUCUGAACAGAGGUAUUUAUAGCUCUCCUGGAAAACAAAGUGAUGGCAACAGCUGAGGCACUCUCAGUAGAUGGAUGAAAAUCUAUGAAUUUAUGGAUAGAAAGAAAGAAAAACAAUUUAUGGUCAGAGAGUAAUGGACUUCUGCAGUGAUUAAAGUUCAUUUGAGAUGUGCUUUUAUCAAGUUUCUGAGAUUGUCGAAGAAGAAGAAGUGGAGUGCUGCAAUGUGCUGCCACUGCAAACAUACUGCUCAUUGCUGUAAAUGAGUGUGUGGGAGUUGUGUUUGUGUCUCACAGCAAUGCAGGCUUAAUGUUUAAAUCUUUAAAUCUGGGGCCGUGUGGACUCUACCCCCCUCUACAGGCUGGUAUCAAAUGAGGUUUGUUUGUUUUGUUGUUUUGAGCUAGUUUUCACUCAAAUACAUUAAAAUUAGGAAAUAAAGGCCCAUGCAUUUUUUUUAUAAUGACAGUAAUGAGUCAUAGUAACAGAAUUUUAACAUGGACAGCUAAAAAAGAACUACAGGGCAUCAACAGUUAGAUAACGUCUUGUUGUGAUCUCCAGUGUUCACAAAGUGCUGAUGGGCUCACAGAAAAAAAACAGUGCACAUUAUAUCAACACUGACUAACAUACUGCCAGUAGCCAUUAAAAUCUGAAUUUAUAAGAUAUACAUCAAAUGGUGUAAUCAGGAAUGAUUCAGUUUGAAGUCUGUGAAUCCACCUCCUCUCUGUGAUAUUUGCCUCAUUAGUGAUGCUGUGACAUUUCUGUCUCUUUAGAGCUUCAGGUAUGAUACAGGCAGAACAGAGAGAUACUGAACAAGCAAACGUAGAUAUAGUCACAAGUUUUGAAGCCCAAUCAUGGUGGGCAUCACAGUCCUGACUUGAAGUAACUUUGAAUCAGCUGAGACACAGGCAGGGAGGACUAGCUGAAACAGACUUUUUUUUAGCUUCCGGCCCAUCAACUCAGUCACAUAUAUCCAACUCUUCAUCUCCAAAGGAAUGUAUUACUAAACAAAUAAAUGAGCUACAUACCUAAACCCAUUUGUACCUGGCUUUAAACAUGUCAGAUUGGUUGUAGAGAUAGGCACUUUAACAUUAUGGACCUUAUGCAGAUCACUUGGAUCUUGUAGCCAACCUAGAGUAGACUAUCAGGGAACAUCAUUUUUCUUCAGUUUUGAUUUUUUUUUCAGCUGGUGAGCACAUCAUGGUUGGAAAAAUCUACUAGAGAUAGAGUGAAUUAUCAGCCAGCGAAGUAAGUGGACUGAUUAAUGGCAUUUUGAAAUAACUGGCUUCACAUCAGUGUUCAGAAAGUGGAUGUCACUAUCAUUAUCUUUUCUGAUGACGAAAUGAUAACACUUUCUCUUAUCCAAAAUCUCAAACAGAAAUUGACUGCCAUCUUGCUCUGAAGUAUGGAGUAGAGCACAUAAGUAUUUCUUCCAUUAACCAGGCAUAUUCGGAAAUUUAUCACAUAACCCUAUACAAGCUUCUUUUUCAUGAACUGAACAAAAAUUAGUCUAAAAUAUAUAACUGUCUAAAAUAAGCAUAAAAAUUGGAUUUUAUUUAUCUGAUAAUUUUUUAAGUGUUAUUUUUGGGGCAUUUUUGCUUUUAUUAGAGCUGAGGAGAGACAGGAUAUGUUGGGAGUAGUUCCUAUCAGUGGUCUCUAAUCCGGCAUAGAUUCUACAUAAAUGACGCAGAACAGAGCCGCCUAAGUCUUGUUCGUGUGAGACUGGAAUUACCAGAGGACCUUUGUGUCUGUGUAUUUUUUUCUCCAUUUUACUGACAUUAUGCCUUAGAUAUGACGUUGAAGCUUGGUCUAAUAGUUACAUGCAAACAGCUCUGUAAAUAGGUCUCCAAAUAAAAACUGUCAAGCUUGAAAAAAGGAAGAUAUAUGUUCCUCAUUAUAAUUUGCAAACUCUGAAGUGCCAUAAAGCUCCAGCAGAAGUGGACAGUUGAGUUAUGAUAUAGAGUUAAAACGGGUUUGGUAUGAAUGUCUCUCUUCUCUUCUGGGUGUAUGAUGUUUGUCCAGUUUGUCCAGUUGCAGGCUGUGUUGUUGUGUGCAGCUGUUUCUGGAAGCCUCCGUCACUGUUUGAUCUGGAUGAUGUGACAAAAGUAAAGCUUGUGUUCAUGCGUUUCAUUUCAGCAGUGGAGCAUGCAGGGUGAUUGUUGCUGUUGAGCAUUUAAUCCUAGUACACCCACACACACACGUACACAUACAUGCAGGAACACAUGCAGAUAGACAUAGUUUUGAAGUUAUUUUCGGUCUUAUUGUACUCGAUAGCACAGUUGAAGAGAGAGAAAAUGUAAAAGAGGAGGGAGUUAGGGAAGGACAUGCAGCGAAGGGCCAAGGUCAGAGUCCAACCUGCGGCCACUGCCAUCAGGACUUUAGCCUCUGUACAUGGGACACCCUUCAUCUGCUGAGCCAAACUUCCUCCCCCUAAGUGUUUUCUUUUUUUAUACCAGGGAACAACACAGAAGUCAAACAUGGUUUAAAUCAGACUGAUAUGCAACUGAUAUUCAAUUCCUAUUUUCAUCUGCAACAGCAGCUGUCUUGAUAAGCAUCUAGUCAUUAAUUAUUGACAUCUGUUUAUCUGUUAAUCGGAUAAUGCAGCCUCUUAUUAUUGGUUUAUCGGCUUUUAAAUGUAAGAUCAUUCUUUCAAACUCAAAACAUACCAUUAAAAUAUUGACUCAGGCCUUAUGUCUGUUAUGACCUUUAAAAAAAAUUAUGUCAGUGGUGGAUGAUCACAUUUUUACAUCAAACCUUUUUUAAUUUGUGAACGAGUAGAGGUUGACCGAUAAAUCAGAUGGCUGAUAAAAUAGUCCUGGCAGUUUAAAAUAGUCGGCAUCAGCCUGAACUCAUGAUGACACUGCAGCAGCCUCAUCAGUAUGGCUGAUGUCAAGCAAUGUCACUAAAGUCGGGGGGAAAGGUUAGCUGGUUAGCUUUAUGCCAUGUGCCAACCAGCAUGAUACUGACAGUAUGUGUUGGCCAUUGGCUGACCUGUUCUCCAAUUACCAGCUGUUGUAAAAAAAAAAAAACUUGUAGCAAAGUAAGUAAGAGUGUGCUCCACAGGUUCUUGGAAGGAAAAGAGAUUAGAAUGAUAGAAAGAGAUGAUGUUUCAAAGUGGGGUACUGAAAAGUGCCAUGUUUUGUGUAUCUGUUGCUUCCUUGUCCCUGUUUAGCUGCUGUGUUGUUUUGCAGCACUUUCAGCAGUGGUAGUAAAGAUGUGAGAUGGCUCACUCAGCCAUUCAGCUCUGGAAAACAGUAUUAUGUAUGGUACGAGCAUGAAAAAUACCCAUGACAUGUAACCAACAAACUAACUAUUAGAACGGUCUGUAACAAAUUUUGUCAUCAAUUUAUUGUAUGUUGUGUAUGUGUGUUUGUGUGUGUGUGUGUGUGUGUGUGUGUGUGAGAGAGAGAGUGUUAGGCUGUGUUUAUUAUACAGAUUUCAUCCAGUUUUAUGCUCCAGUGGCUGGGGCAGGGUGGAACUGAGGUGUUAAAGUAAAACUCUAUCCUCAAACUGAGAGUUAAAGGGAUAUUUCGGCGUAAAAUUAAGUUAAGGUCAAACACACCGAAACACCGAGAUAGACACCUCCACGAGAGAUAAAUGUCUACGCGCAAACCUCAACCAAAAAGCCACUCUAUAGCCACAAGUACUGCUCAGAACAGCACCUAACUUCAUCAACAGUACAUAUAGGGUCCCAGCCAUAGUACUAGCCACCAAACAUCUUUUGAGCUUUGCCUGAUUUCUUGAGUAAAGAAACCAAAUACAACUCCCCCACUCUCCUUCAGCAGCCACUUGUUUGUGAGGGGGGCCUUGACGAGUCGAUCACCGAGUGCAGUGGAGUUUCGCAGCUUAAGGAAGAACAUUUAUGAUCAUUUCUUCAUGGAAAUGCAAUCAGACUGAAAUGCUUAAGCAGAAGAACCAACACGUCUGUAGUGCAAAAUGAUUAUUAUAAUGAUUAUUACUUCAAGGAAAUGACCCACUGCACUCGGUGAUCGACUCUUCAGGGCUCCCCCACAAACAAGUGGCUGCUGGAAGAGAGUAGGUAAGUUGUGUUUGGUCUCUUUGCUAAAGAAACCGGGCAAAGCUAAAAAGAUAUUUGAGGGCUAGUACUAUGACUGGGACCCUAUAUGUACUGUUGAUGAAGUUAGGUGCUGUUCUGAGCAUUAUUUAUGUCUAUAGAUUGGCUUUUUGGUUGAUGUUUGAGCAUGGAGACGUAGACUGCUAGUCGUUGUGCAGUCGUUGCUGAAGUUGGUAUAACUAUAGAAUCAAGCAGUUGGCAACAUUCAUCUCUCAAAGGGGUAUCUAGCCGUUAUGGUGUGUUUGACCUUGACUUAAUGUUACACCAGAAUAUCUGUUCAAACCAGUACAUAAAUUGCAGCUUGAACAGGAGUCAAACAAGAUACCCACUGUGACAAGGGCUGUAGUCUCUGCACUUAGGAAGUGUACCCGAGCUAUUGAGGUACGGUCUCACCCCAGUGUUGUGUGUUUUGUUAUAAUGAGGAGAUGUGGGGUUGACAGUUCCUUCCAAGAUAAAUUGCAGUGCAGCAGCUGUUCCAGUUAGUAAAGGAUAAAAAGCUGAGGAAAUCAUAAGAAAAAUAAACUUGAAAGUAACUCAUUAAGUGAGAGUUACAUCAAGGCACAUUCUUACGGACUUGGCAUGAGCUGUAUUUUUCUUAAUGUUUUUUAACUAAAGCAAAACAGCUUAAUAACAUUUCACUUCUCUCCCUCUGUCUCUGUAGUCACAGAUGUGGAACUGAAGCGUCUGAAAGAUGCCUUCAAGAGAACCAGUGGCAUCACCUACUACAUGACCCAGCAAUGCUUCUACAGAGAAGUGCUGGGAGAUGGAGUUCCCCUCAAGGUUGCAGAGGUCAGUAAACCAUUAAUAUCCCACACAACAUGUGCUACUCGACAGGAUAUUCAGGGGAAGUCAGUCCUUGUGGAACAUCAUUUCACUUUGCAAGAUAAAGACGGCCAAGAUCAUACAAAAAAGGACAGGUCUAUGCUUCAAAUCAAUCUGGAAAUCUGAUGGUCAGACUGUAGAGAUCUUUGAUGGUAUAUCAGGGAGUUGAAGAUGUUUUGAAACCAGAUCUGUACUGCUCAGACUCUGGAUACAAAUGAUAUCACUAGUACAUGAUGUAGGCAACAUUUUGCUCACUUUUGUACGACAAGGGGAGGUGAUGACCCAUCCUCCAUCCUUAUACACACUUGCUGGUGAGGAGUUAAUUAAAAUUUGAUGAAGUGCUCCUCCUACACAGUCUUGAAGAAAUUUCUCAACAGCAGAAUGAGUCUUUCCACAUGUCCUGGUUCAUUUUGCUUGUUUUUGCUCAGUUUUAGUGAUAUCCCUUGUGAAAGUUGAAUUCCCCUGACUCUCCUGAAACAUGACCAGGAUUCUUACAGUGCUCUGUUCUGUAGGACACAUCAAGACACGUGUCUUGUCUUCAGGGUGUACGUCAUGUGCGUGAAAGCUCAAGCCUGGGUCGAUUACGUUAAAACAAAAGAGCUCGAUAUCUGCAGUUUUACCCUUUGAGUGUUCAUUAGACACACAAACUGCUGCCUCUCUCUCUCUCCUCCUGCCCAUUUAUCACCAUGGCAGCAGUUACUGCGGUGACAACGGUCUUGAUCUGGGGAUGCUGCUGGUCCCUUCAAACAGAAUCAUGGCUGCUGCUGCACAUCCUGACAGUUCAAAGACAGCCGAAACCUGAUCAGUCUGGGGAGAAGCAGUCUUGAUCCUUAUUAUGCAGACCCUCUGUCGUGUAUUAAAACCCGGUCCUCUAUGAGUUAUUUGUUGGAAUUAAAAUAUAUUUGAACAGAAUCAGUGUGAGCAUUAAGAGGCUUCCAUGAGCUGUACAAAAAAAGGAUCUGUUUCAAACACAAGACAUCAGGUUUGAGAUAUCUUUACUUUUGUUCAAACUGAUUUGUAAGAGCGAGGGCUUACAGAUUUAUUGAUGGAAAAGGAGUUAACAGGGAUCAGUGCUAAAGCUGUGCAAUAAAUCACAUUUUCAGUGUUAUGGUAAUCUUCCAGGGACCAGUUUCAGGCUUUGAAGGCUCUGUGUUGUAGGAUAUUUUGUUUCUACCGACAUCAUGGCAUUCUGUAACACUUGACAAAUACCAGAGAGAAACAACCACAUUGUAAGAUUUAACUCAAUAUAUUUAUUUAAAAAUAAUUGAUAAUAGUGCUUAAUAAGAGGCCAGUCCAGGGUCACAUAUAUGGGAAUUCAAAUGGGGUCACCUGAAAUUCUUGCAUGCAGUUGCAGAGCUCUGCAGGGGUCUGCAGCCAGAUCCUCUUGCUUCCAAAGUGUAAGUGUCAAAUGCUGUUGCAUUUAUUUCCUACAGUUCCUGAAUGUUACAUCAAACAGCGAGGUGAUCACACCUCAGAUCAGUCAAAUACAAACAUCGAAUAAAACCUUGGAAUUUUCAACCAAAAAUCAACUUAUUGGGGAGUGGGGGGACAAACUGUCCGAGCGCGGCUCGGUGGGGUGAAAAUAUACUGAUAUCAGCACAAGAAGGCAAUUGAACACAAAUAUUAUAUUCAGCAAACCACCGGACGUUGAUUAACGUGGUGGACGAUCUUCAAUCUUCCUGUCUCCAGCAGUGUUGCCAGAUCAGAUUGACAGUUUCCAGCCCAAUCACACCUUAGAACCUGCCCAAUCGAGUAAAAACCAGCCCAAACCACAAAGUUGCCAGACACCCAUGUAAACCUGUAAAAUCUUUACAUAUGCAAUAGAAAACGCUUGUAAGUAUCCAUAACUUCAUAUAGCAUCAAAUAACCACACAUAAAUGAUAAAUAGGUUUAAAUGCAACCAAGAAGCGCAGCAAGUCAACCAUAGGCUACACAAAUUGCAAGAUGAACCUCUGGCAUCCUAGCACCAGGCCCAGAUUAGUAAUAAUGACUGCUGCACGUAAAAAGGUGCACUUUUAACCAUGUAGGCCUAAUAAAUUUAAUUAUUUACAUCACAAAUGACCCGUAUGAGGACUACUUGCAAAACAAUUUAAAACAAACAAAAAUGCACAGAGCGCCUCCUCCUGCCUCUCUUUUCCCCUCCCUCCCCCUCUUUUUCUCCUCCCUGCUUUGCACACCUGUGGUGCUGAAAGAUGCACAUGACCUGGCUGUACAGCAUCUGAUUGAGAUUUCAAACACACAACCAAGAAAAACUACUUUUAAAAUAAACGAGCAAAUGCUAUAAGUGGGCUACAAAUCAGUCACAGUGCAAAUAAGAUAAGGUGACAUAAAAAAAUCAUCUUACCUUUUACGCAGAAUCUGCGUCUUUCCAUUAACUUGAACAAUAUUGAGAACGAAAAACUCGCCAAAUGUAGACAAAAGCAGCCCAAAUUUUAUUCACCCGCCCAAUGUAUUUUUUCCCCGUCUGACGUAAACGAAAGUAGCCCAAUUGGGCUGAAAACCACCCAAUCUGGCAACACUGGUCUCCAGUCGGUCUUCAGUGGGCUGGGCGAAUCCAAAAUGGUGAAAACAAUGGGAUUGUUCUGAGACAGACUUUUACCUGUGAAACGGGGAUGCUCUGAAAACACCCCCAUUAGUACUUGGUAUGUUCCUCCUGAUAAAAUUAACCUUAGACUAUAAAUUGACGCACAAAAAAAUCAAGUUGACCUGUCAGAAUUUUGGUCGACUCAGCACCUGUCGACCAUUCGGCUAGGACUUUACAGCCCUAAUUUGCAACACGAGGUCUCAUGUAUGUUACCUCAGAGAAAAGAUGAGCUCUGUCUGCUAUACUUCUAAACUUAGACAGGCUGCAGCAAGAUGUACUUUGUGAUGUUUUCUAGUUUUUUUAUCCAUUCAAAAUAAAAAAAUUGAUUGAUUUGAGUUAUUGUUGGUUCAGGAUUAAUUUUCUGCUUUGUGGCUACAGCCUCACCUGGUUACAUGUCUUGCCCUGAGGAAAAUAAAAUCCACAUUUUUGUGCUCUAAUCUCACCCUGGCCAUUCUACCACAAUGAUAAACAAGCAAUAACCUAAUUGUGGUUGGAAAUGAAAGAUUACUUGCAGAACAAUAUGAAACUGUAACAUGACUGAAAAACAUUCAAUUUAAGCUGAAACGUGCAUGUGCUUUUAAUGUCUUGGGGUCGCUGAAGGGGUUCAUGAGUCAAAGUCAGUGGGGAAUAACUUCAUAAUUUCCAAAUCUUGGUCGGUCACAUGCUCAGACAGACUGUGAUUGUUACAGUAAUAAAGAUCCUUGUGUAAUUUAGAGGAAUUAAAGAUAAACCAGAGCUACAAUCACUGAAAACAUCAGAUCAUAAAAGGACAGGAAGUUUGAUGGGUAUCUUUAGUUUUGCAUGAUAUGACAUGCCUUGACGUCCCCUUUUUAAACCACAAGUAAAGCUGCCCCAGUGUGUGUCUGUGUGUGUGUGACCCACUGACACAGACACACUUCAUUAACUCACUAACUAUAGAGUCAUGCUUACACACGCUCACGUACAUUCGACACAGCUUCAUGCUUCUGCACAGACACACUCACUCAAGCCCAUGCACACAGCUCUGUAAUCUUCUCCACCACGCUCUGCAGAAUGACCACAGCGCCCCCUAGCAUAGACACUGAAGGAUUCCUGGCUCAGAAAGAUGAACCAGUGUCUUUAAACUGUUUGAAAUAAUUGUUCUACUUCUGUGAAAGUAUUGUGAAUAUUAACUGAUUGAUAAACUGCGUCAUUAAUCUUGUAAGUAACUGAUUUUGGUCACCUACACAGAAAUUUCUAAGUAUUCUUAACUGUGUAAAACAAUUUUCUGUCUACAGUCUUUCUUAUACAUUGAGUUUAACAGUUUAACUGUUGACGUGUCUGUUGUUAAGCUUCCAGAAGUGACUAUAUUUUCGGCAAGAACAUAAGGCUUGAGAGAACUGCAGGAUUGGUUAACACCAGAUUUUCAAAGCUAAGCAAUAUUUGACCCCCUUGUUUUGCACGAAAAACCCCACUAGUGUUUGUGGUUGUUGCUGUCAGAGAUGUUUGUUCAGGAGACACAAAGAACUGCAAGGAUAUGAAGCAAAUAUUGUGGCAAAGCCAUUAUCAAAUGCUGCUUUGCAGAUGUUCACACUGGUUAUAAAUGUGCUCGCAGAUCCACAAAUGCAUCUUCAGAUUCACAAAGGCUCAUCCAGGCGUAUGAAUUAAUGCAAAUCCACAAUGCACUACCAGGUCCACAAAUGUACAAGUGUACAAAUGUGUAUGCAGAUCCACAAUGUGUGCUGUAGUUUCACACUCGCACUCAGACGUACAAGUGUAUAUGCAGAUACAUAAAUGCACACUCAGAUAUACAGAUGCUUGUGCAGAUCCACACAAAUUCAUACCCAGCUCUACAAAAACAUACCAAAGUCCACAAAUGUGUACUCACAGCUCUACAAAUGCACAUUUAGAUCAAAAAUUGUGUUUGCAGAUCUACAGAGUUGUAUGCAGAUCUCUUGAUGUGUAUGCAGAUCCACACGUGUACACUCAGAUAUGCAAAUGCAUUUGAGGAUCUGCUUAUAUGAUGAUGAUUCUUUAGUAUAUUUACUCCAAGAGCUGAAAUAAUAUACAGAUUGUUGGUUCCAACUCGGACAGGCUGUUCACUUGUGACUUUUACUUCAUUUCUUUCAUGCAGGAUCCACAAAUGUCCUUUGCUAACUGUACCAAAGUCCCAUUACUUUUCAUCGUUUCCUGUGUAUCAGUUAUUGAAAUAAACAAAUACUGUGGUUAGAAUAGUGUUUGGUGAAGAGGCUCCUCGUUAUCAGCACAAUAGAAAAUAAAUACACUUCAGCUUUUUCACACUGCCUUCUGUCUUUCAGGUGAUCUACACCUCGUUUGGAGGCUCAUCCAAAGGGCUCCACUUCAACAACCUGAUCGUGGGUCUGGUGCUUCUGACCAGAGGACGAGAUGAGGAAAAGGCAAAGUGUGAGUUCCUUGCGACAGCUGAACAGAGAGUUGUAAAACUUGUCAGCCUGCUCAAAACACGCCUUGUAUCUUUAUACAACUUAUAACUUAUCAGCCAGCUGCUUUUCUGUCGUUUGUGUUGUUGGGCCAGAUAUCUAAUUACCAUUCUGCCAAAACAGAAGUUUGCAACCACAGUCAUGCAGACCACAAAAUGAUAAGACGCUUUGAUUGUCCUUGUAGAGCAGGUGGCAUCUGGAGAUGUUUUUGAGAGAAAAUGUUUCCUCAGCGUCAGAAAGACAAAAAGUAAAAAUGACACAAUACACAGGAAAGUGUUACAUUUUGUGCUGAGGAUGUUUGAUUGUCCCGUAAUUCAGCUAUGUAAGCUGAAAGUUGUUAGUCAGUGAAGUUUGAGGAAUCCAGGAACAGUCCAGAGAUGAAUUAUAAAGCAAGCUCAGGCAAACUUUUUCUUCAUCGUCUUGCUCAACAAAACCUAAAACUCCAGGAAGUGAUAGCAGGUAUGAAAAAGGUAGUUAUCAACCCUUCCUGUUAUCUCAGGCACUUUGCUUCAAGUUCCCUGGAAAGGAGAAGCUUUAACGCAACAUUUGACUGUCCUUUCUUCCACUCAUAAAGGAGCAAUUGUGAGUUGCAAUGAGGAUGUAGUAAUGAACAGCAAUGAAGAAAAUGAAAAAAUUAUAUUAUAAUGAAAACCAACAGUGCCACUGUAAAUGAGACAUACAGGAAAUUAUCAUUUGAAACCAGCAGUGGACCGUGAUUAUCAAAGCCUUUGGCAAACAAGAUCGGCACCAGGCAAAUGUUAAUAACUCAGCCUUUAAUGGUUGAACCUUUGACCCACAGGUAUUACAGGAAUUGCUGGAGUUUGAAUGUGAAUAUCACCUAAAUUAACAAGGUGAAAAGUUCAGGGGAAGACUGGAGAAGUUCAGGAUUCAUAAAUCAGUGACCAUACUUUGAUGAAAUUGUAAGCUACAGUUUGUACCAGGUAACAAACUGUGCAGUUUUGUACUGUGACUUUACAAAUGCAGAGAUGCAUUCUAAUUUUAGUGUUCCCGACAACAAUUUCCUUUAUCUUUGACUUUCUGUCACAUACAACUCUGUUUUACUGUCACGUUAAACCCUGCAAAUCUUACCACAACUUCUUCCCAUGCUGAAGAGAAAAAUAUCAACAUGGCAGCUUCAAUUUUGGGACCUGCUUGAAAACUAGAUAACAAAUCCAAAGGGCUCUGUCCUGAUAAUAAUACAUUACCUCUCUGGCUUCAAUUGGUAGAAGAGACUAGCAACCCUGUUUAACAGCUAGUUUCUAAAUAGAGUGUCAUUCAGUGGGCAGAACAUGUCUGAGUGUUUGUGUUAACAAAGCCCACUCACUCAGAGGUGAGAUGUGAUUGGUUGAGUUGACAGUCAUUUUACAUUUUUAGUUCACUAAAUCACUUCAUCCUGGCCCUCUUUGAUUUUACAGCCAGCAGUCACAGACCUGGAAAAAUUUUCUUUUCUUCCUAGCAACACCAGAGGCUGAACAAAUCCAUCAGGGUGUCAAACUGGCUUCAUCUAUUUAACCCCUCACAGUCUAAUAUAAACUGCACGGGCAGGUUUUAGAGUCUAUUCCUGUUGGCAAUGUUUAACACGCUUGCUAGGUGCCCUGAUUUUCACCAGUUGUGUUACAGCACUUCCGCUUACCUAUUCUACAUUUUGCUUUUCGUUAAACUGGUAGACAUUGUAGUCUAGCAUUAGCAGCAGCUUAGACCUGGAUAUUUGACCUUAAAAGAAAACCUCUGUGUGUUAUUGUGGACAAAGUUCAUAUCUGAAGUCCUGCUCUUCUUGAUUUUGAUUGAAUUUUGGAGGUGUGACGUUAAUGAGCAUGGCAAUCUUCCAACAGUUAAAGUGUUUUCAUUUGAAGUUGCUGAGAGUGCACUGACAAAAAUGUUAAUGUUGUUUUUAGGAUGAGAACACUGGGCUCUAAAGAUGCUGAACUGCUUGGUUCGAAUAAUGUGCUCUCUUGUCAUUGCAUCACGACACCAAUCUGGCACAAAGACAAAUCAUAUUUCAUAUUCUUCAGUUGAUGUGAUAUUGUGAUGUAUUAUUACAUUGUCUUGCAAUUUAUCGAUUACCACAAAUCUCUGUGUUGUAAUAUUAUCCUUUUUGUGAGCUCCAUAUCAUGAGUUACCCUGCGAUUUCCAUCCUGAGUGAGGAGUGCAGGGUGAAUUGACUUUGUGGAUAGGGAGUGCUCGCUUUGUGACACUAUAAUCUCAGACUCAGUGCUCAACAGACUUUGCUUACCUAUUUUUUUGUGUGUGUCAUAGCUCAGCCCUCUGGAUUAAAAAUUUGACUCAUUAAUUAUAAUAAUCCUUUGAAACAUUAAAGUUAUAUCCAAUUCUGCCUUUUUCAGAGAGCUUUUCAAAUGCAAAGCAGGCAUAAAAACACAAUUAUGGAAACAGGACUGAUAUCUGUGUGUUUCUUCUCUCUGCCUCUCCCUCAUUGUUAUUCGGAGAGCUGAUGUUGAUGCGUUGCAGGCUGAAUAAUCCAUCAGGACGUUAUUGACAUUGUAGCUUCUAUCGGCCUUACUGAGGCCUGCCUUCCCGUGAUAAAGCACAAGUCUCUUCUGACUCUGCUGACUCUGUCUGUGUGUGUGUGUGUGUAUGUGUGUGUGCGUGUGCUCACAGACCUCUUCAGCCUGUUUGCCAGUGAUCUGGGUGGAUAUGCUGCCAGGGAAGACAUUGAAGGUGUUCUGCAGGUUCUGGAUGGAGAAGUCCCAGCAUCCCUUAAGAAGUGCUUCAGUGAAGUUAGUAAACGCCGCACAGCAUGUCUGUCACAACAAAAUACAAACACACACACACACACACACAAAGAAUUAAAAAAGAAAAACAGGAUAACAUUUAAAAACAUUCAGGUCAUGUCUCUCACUGGGUAGGUAUAAAAACAGUCUAAAAGGAGCUGCAGUCUGAUAAACUUUCUCUUCACUCACACUCUACCUGGCUCAUAUCACAGUUUUUAUUAUAACAGGGCUAUUAGCCACGUACUUAUAAAACAACUAUUGUUAAGACUUUUACACGGGCAGCCAAAGAGAUAAUUCAAAGUUUGGCUUCACACUGAGAUAUUGUUCUGGUUUUUUGAGAAUACAAAAGCACAUUUUGUAAUCACAACUUUGGAAAAUAAAAUUACAGUCGAGUCAGUAAAAAUCCUCCCAGCUGAACCCAAAGUAGGAAGUGUCUUCAGUAUUAGGGUGGUAACAAAAAUAGCAGCAGGUAGGAACAUUUGGUGUUAUGUAGAAUUAAGUGAUUUAUCAUAUACUAUAAAUACUAUAUUAUUUAUUAUACUAUACCAUAUAUAAUUAUUAUUAUACCACUAUCCUUCUCUUUGUCACUUCAUAUCUUUACCAGUGUGCAGUCUUAUCCUGUAGUUACACUGCACUCAACUGCUGAACGUUUUCCAAAAUUUUCUGGGUGAGCUGCAUGUGUGAACACAAACAGCUGAGUUUUUCACCCUGAAUUUCCCCCAGUUUUUUCCUGCCAGCCUCAAUUAAAAUAUGUAAAGAGUUGGGGUGAGCAGAUGUGAGCGAGUAGAGUGGAGCGAUUGCGGCCAUAUCAAGCAAUCCGUGUGGCUUCUAGAGCCCCAAGUGGACAUUUGGUGAACUGCACCUUUGUUUUUGACACGCUGGGUUGCUUCUGGGUUGUAAAGUAUGACAGAAAUGAGUAAGCAACAGAACAAGUUAUGGGGGAAAAAAAAAUCAAAUAAGAUUAAAUGAAAAUAAUAGACACACCUUUACCUACAAAAUGUAGAUAGCUUUGAAGAUGUUCAAGCUUUUGAUGAUGUGAAGCAGUGGUUCUCAAGUCCCUGCUCCAACACACCUGAUUCAAAUGAUCAGCUCGUUAUUAAGCCAUUACAGAGCUUGAUAACGAGCUGAUCAUUUGAAUCAGGUGUGUUGGAGCAGGGAAACAUCCAAAACAUGCAGGACAGUGGGCCUCGAGGACUGGACUUGAGAACCACUGAUGUAAAGCAUUUGAGGACGUCACAAUAAUUUAAAGUACGAGUAUAGAUAUUGAAUUCACAUGUUUUUGUCUCCAGAGAGGCUUUAACUAUUUCUUAAGUUCAUCCAACUAAUGAGCAGUAUGUUGCUUUUUAUUGAGACCAUCAUCCUGUUGAAGCCCUACAUUAAUCAGCAUCGACAUUGAUUAAUAAGGACAUCUGUUUACUUCAUCUGGAAAACAGAACUUAGCUAAGUGAUAACCAAAAACUGGCUUUUACCAGCCCCUUCUUGUGUCAGGGACUAGUGUGUCAUAAUUCAUGAUAUUUUCUGUAAGGCAAUGGAUCACAUUCUGUUUGGGGCUCUAGAAAGCCUGAUUUGAGGAAUAAUGAGAGAAAUCCACGAAACGUCUGUCCUUUGUUAAAAUAUGUAUUCACAAUGUCACAUAUUCACUUGUGUGUCCUGUGUUUUCAAGAAUCUGACACCCCAAGUUCUGUUCCUGUCCUUUUUUUCAUAUUUUAAGAAAAAUUCAGUUUGAUAACUCAUGAUUUUAAAUCGCAGCAGAGGUUGUUUGUGUAAUUGACCGCAAAUUCAUGUGAUUCCAAAUGUAAUUAUAAAAAAUCAAUGUUAUGCUCCACAGUGAGACACUUAUAGAUAAACAUGUUCUGUGUUCAUUUUGCAAAAGAAAAAAAUGAUUAUACUUUGUCUUAAUAUAAAAUGUUCAAAUGUAAUUGGGUCACAUAAGCAGAGGGAAGAAGCCUGCACACUUACUUUAUGAUUAAAAAAUGUUGAAUUAUGACAUCCUUUGCUCCCUAUGGUCUCUGUCAGGUGAUAGAUUUUAGAUAAUGACUUCCAGCGAUUAAAAAAGAUGUUAUUGAUGUUGGCUCUUGCUUGACAUUUCUGUUAUAGAUAUAAAGUCAAAAAUCUUCUCAGGGAAACAAAGGUUUAGAUAGAACCACAUGAGAUCAUAGACAGCAGACUGACAGCAGAUACCUUUUGACAAUCUGAUUGUGUGUUCUAUGUCAUUGCAGGGAGAUAAGGUGAACUAUGAGCGCUUCAAAAGCUGGCUGCUGCAAAACAAAGAGGCCUUCACUUUGUCCAGAUGGCUUCUGUCUGGAGGAGUGUGUGUCACGCUCACUGACGACAGUGAUACGCCCACCUUCUACCAGACCCUCGCUGGUGUCACACAUCGUAAGUACCAAUACUGCUCAAGUCCAUUUGUUCUGUUCGUCUGCGUGUUUGUCAGCUUAUUUCCCCCUCUUGCGCUUCUGCUGAGUCAUUUUCUAUCUUUAGGCACGUCAAGAUUAAUCCCUCUCACAGUAAUUAGUUCUUUUUGACCAAUAAAGCUUUUAAAUACAAAUUUACUUCAACUUUAUCGAAGUAAAGCUGCAAUCUGACAUCUGUCAAAUUCAGUUUUUAUAAUAGUAUCUGCUUCAGAAAAGUAAUUACAUACCAGAAGUGGAGGAAACUAGUCAAUGACCGACAAUGUGUAUUUUCUCUAAAUCAGGACAAUUUUGAUGCAUUUUUGCAGAUCAGGUAUUGACAAUCACAGAAAAGACCCAUCCAUGUUAAAUCUGUUUUUAUCAUAAAAUAUGCUCUAUCUCAAUUGGUUAGAAUCAUCAAGUCAUGAGCGUCACCCUUUACCUCACUAAAUCUGUUUUAUUCUGUUAGUUUCUGUCUAUCUGCUUGUCCUGUUUUUGAUUAUGUUUGUAUGUGAGAAAUUAAGAAAUGUGUCAAAAUCAGAAGUUUGAUAUUCUUAUCCUGAAGAGACCCUAUGGUGGAAAUAUUUACAUUUUACAGACCUCUACAUUGUUCCAAGAUCACAAUAUAAAAACGCAUACAAUGUUCUUCUUUAAAGUAAAUUUAGCCAGGCUUUAUUUUGCCAAUUAAGGACAGAGGGCUGGAAAGAACGUGUCUUGUGAAGAGACGCUGGACGCUACCUUUAAUCUGCUGCUCCCAGCUGAUCCUCUUAACUUUGUGUCUCUGAAUGUGUGUUGGAGAGAGAGAGAGUGACUGACACCCUCCUGGUCCGUGAUUCUUUCUGAAACGAGAGCAUGGAGACUGACUCAUGGCUGAACUUAACGCUCUGAACCCUCGGCUAACCUGCUAGCUUAUGACAUUAUGAUAAAAGUGGAUAUCUGUGGGAGAAGCAGCUGUCAGGUCGGGAUGACGUAGCUUUCUGUGAGCGGCGGUUAUCAAGCGGAGGUUAAUAUGGUGAAUGCUGGCUGUGGCAGCACCUCUCCAAGGAUGUUCCCUGGAUAAUGGUAUGGUAUCUCUGCUGCAGGUCGGAGAGAGUCGCACCUCUAGGUGGGUACUGGGCCAGCCAGACUAGUUACCCCCUAAUGUGAGAUACCCUGUGGUUGUUGUGUUUCAGAGCAGCUCCUAUUGGUUGAUCGUAUUUGUUUUUUGAACCUUUGAAUUGGUAUAAAUAAGAGCGGCAACUUAGUUUAAAGAGAACUUCAUAUGUUUUAUUGUCAGACUUGUGUAAAGAGCUCGGCAAGUUGGCAUCAUUCCUCAUGAUAUUUAAGGUAACAACUAAGAUGCUUUUUAAGAACCCAGGAUCUAAAACACUGUGGUACAAACACCUAUUACAAACGGCCCUAUUGCAGAAGCGAUUCCCACAGAGAUUUGCCAUUGUCAAAGACUUAAAUGUUAUUGUUUUGAGACCUGAGACAGCUUUUGCUGCUCUUUCUCCAAAACAGCUCUCCAAUAAACAAUUAAUUUACCUUCCAAAACCUUUAAGUCUUGCUCUUUUCUCAAACAGUAUCAAUAAACUUUUUAAUAUUUGUAUAUGCAUAAAUAAAGUGCUUGAUCAGAACUUAACAUUGAAGCACCAAAGUCAUAUAUUUAUAUCCACUAACUAACCGGUAAUGGCAGUGACGGUCCGCUAAACUCUAUAUGCUGCAAGGUUAAUGACAUCUAUUGUACAGCGCUCAUGAGAACAGGAAGUUACAAGGUGCUUUGACAACUUGCCUAAAUAAAACACAGCAUGUGAACAGAGCAAGAAGACAAAACCUCAAGAAAAGUUCAUAAGAAGGUGUAAUAACUGGCAUUUGUCAUGUGUUAAACAUAGAAACACACUCGGCUUGAAAGCUUGAUCUUUAUAGAUAGAGAUCAUUUUGAGUGAUUACAAUUCAGAGCCUGUCAAAACAAGAUCAAUUUGAGCAGAUAUUGUACAUUUCCCAGAAAGAUUUACUUUUUGUGAGUACUGUAGGAGACUUGACCUUUUUUGCACCAUUGUUUAUCACUUUUGGUUUACAGUUACAGUAACCUAUGAGUCAUUUUGUGGCUUUGAAAGGAAACAAAAAUUUGCCUUGUAAGCUUACAGAGCAGUUGGUGAGAAUUCAGACUCUGGUGUGGUGAGAAUUCAGACUCUGGUGUGUUGUAGGUCAUCUGUAUCUGAAGGAUGGCCGGACUGAAAGCUCAUUUACUCCUUAAUGCUUACAAGAUCCUUUCGCAGAGGAGACUGCCAAACUCAAAUUUUCGAGUCUGCCAUCAUUCCUGGAAUUUGAGUUCAGUUAAAGACACUGAUGCUGAUGCAACCUGGAGUAAUACAAACACUUUACAUUAACAUGAAGCCUUAUUAGGAUUAGUUUAAAAUCCAAGAUGGAAGAAAACUUUCCCUGAAAACCCCCAGUUAAAGUAAGACAGUUCUAAACAGAUUUGAUAUUUCGGUCAUUCAGAGGACAUUUGGAGCUUAUACUCAACAAAUAACAACAUACAAAUGACAAACAAUAUAACUAUGAAGUGACAAAAUAUGUGCCAGGAUAAAUAAACACAGUAAAUUAAAAAAUAAUAAUCAGCCUGUGGACUGAUGCCACCAACAGCGGUCUUGUGCUGUAUCUGAUUGUGGAAAUGAGCUGUCAGCAUCUUCACUCUCUGAUGCACAGGGCUCUACUGUGAGCUCUCAUCAUCAGCCAUAAGCCAACCUGCCUUGUGAUGAUGGGCCAUUGAAAAAUCAAUAUCAGUCAACCACCUGUGACGAUCCAUGCAAACAGCACUGCUACACAGAAAUGCUGUUUGUUCUGCAGAACAGUUUGUGGUGCAUUUUAGCCCUUAGUUAGGUAGAUGCUAUUUAUAGAUUUAGCAGUUACAAAAGCUGCACAUUUAAAGGGUAUGCAGUUUUUUUGUUGUUGUUUCAUGUGUUUCUGUAUUUUCUUGUCAUUUAGUUUACUUGAUGUUGUAUUGUGUAAGAUUCGGCAUGUUUUACUUGUUUUGAUGGGGAAGAUUCUGUAUAAGCCCUUUAGUCUUCUUUCCUCUCCUGCACAGUUUGGCUGAACUUCUUUGUUUUAAAUAUGUAAUAUUUUAUGUCUACAUUUAUGCAAAUAAAAAUAACUAAAUAACACAUGUCAGGUUCAAAGUAUUUAGUUAUCUGACUGCAGGUGUUGAUUGAUCAUGCAGUUAGCGGUUUAUGGUCGGUUAGAUUCAGAUUCAGACAACUUACCCUGAUGGCGGUAAAAAAAAGUCAUAUCUGCUUUAGCUUUUUUACAUUAUAAUCCUUCACAGUUACCUCCACCUUGUGUUUUGGUGGACUACUUUGAUAAAGUAAAUGAAAAGGAGUGUUAUAAAAGCUUUCUAUGCUCAACUACAAAACUCUGCACAAAAUAUGGUGUUUCAGGUCAGCAAAGUCAGUUACAUAAUGAUCAACAUUAUAAAGCAGACAUUAAAAAGGAAAUAAAGAAGAAGAAAAUUUAAAAAAAAAGAUGAAGAAAAUAAUGACCUUGAGGGGGCAUUAGGUAAACUGAUUCCCUUAUGGCAUUAGGUAAAUCUAAUUUUAUGAUUGUGGAGGUGUGUGUCCAUGUAGUGGUGUACUCUUAAUGUUUAAGAGCAGCCGCUGAAGUAUGUUGGAACAAGGAGUGCCCCUGAGAUGGAUGGGUGAUGCACAGGAGGUGAUCCAUAGUCAGGAUAAUGAGUUUUAUAGAUUAACAGUCAGAGGUUAGCAGAGCUGUCAUGGGAAAUGUAUGAGGAACAAAAGUGCCCUCAUCAGUCCUCUUGUACACCAGGAGAGAUCAGUAUGUAUUCAAGAGGCUACAGCACAUUCAAGUUUUAAACAUCUGCUUGGUAACAUAAGCAUCAGCUGCAUUGUUUUGGACUGAGCAGAAGCCUCCAGUGUUGAAAAAUGAAAAACAGUAGUUACACUCGAUUCUGGCUUCUAGAGCCAAAGAAAUCCCCACUACAGCCCUCAUUUAAACGUCAUUUUUUACAAAACAGUUCUUGACAAGGUUGAUUUACUAACAGGUGGGCGUGUUAUAGCUGUUUGUCAGGAGGCGGAGCCUUGGCCUCAACUUCACCUUUAACGUAUAUUAACUGAAAGCUGUAGGAGUCAGCAUUUCCCAUCUCAGAAACCAGUGAGGCUUCGUCUUAUACAGUCAGUGAGGACAUGGCAAGCGUGUGCUUCUCUUUGUUAAUAAACCAAAAGGGUGGGCAACUACCUGACUUGACUUAUCAGACUUGUCAGAGGGGACUUGUCUUAUUCGUAAGAGAUUCUAAUUUGAAUAGCCACCAGUUCAUUAUACAAUACAUUAUGCUUUUUUACCCAAAUGCCAACCAAAACUCGGGACAGACUGACACAAAAUAUCAAAUAAAUGGUGAUUUUGUUGAUCUAGAAAUGAUUUGUUUAUACACCUACAACUAUUAGUUCCUUAGAUUAAAGGGUCAGGGAUUCAUCUGAGGCGACAGCGUCCUAUCAGCCUUUUUCUGGGACCAAUUUAAGCUACCGUGAGGUGUUUUCGAUUAGUUAUGAAACAAACUGAAAUGAACAGUGAUGUGUCUUUUUGGUGUCAAAAUGUAAACAAAACCAUCAGUGACAAAAUCGAUAAUCUCUGUAUUGUAAUUCUAAUGGCUGCAACUGCUAGGAGGGGGCAGGUAUGCUGAUGAAACAGCAUUUCGUCACCUUAUUAAAAUAAUGGCCUCAAACAUUUUUUGACGAAAAUGAGUCUUUGGCCUUAAUCGUCUCUAAAUCAUCUCAAGAAAUGAUUUAGACCACAAACUCAUUUUCGUCAAAAAAUGACUUAGGCCAUUAUUUUAAUAAGGUGACGAUUUGUUACUAUUUCUUCAGCAACACAUCGCUCCUUCUCUAAGCUUUGCACUCUGCACACCUCAAAACCCAAGCUAAGGCAAAUGUUGUAGCUUUUAAGAUUGAAGCUAUCAUCACAACCUUUAUGGUUUGAGUUACAACUGCACUUGCUCUGCUGCCGUUGUCUGGAUUGCAUGUCAUAAUAUUGCUCCACUUUUUAAGAACUUGUUAGGGUCCAUUUGUGCCUGAUAACUAUGCUAUGUUGGGACCAGCCUAAGACAGAUGUUUGCCACAGUGUCAACAGGCAGAGAUGACUCCUUUCUGCAGUGAUUGGUUAGAAACUGCUUGUAUGAUCAGGUUGUUUUCCUGUUGAGAAUCAACCUGCACUGAAUGUCUAACACUGCUGGGUAAACAUCUUAAAAAAGUGUUUCUGCUCAGUUUUUGUUGAAUUUACAGUUGAGCUCAGAGACUUGAAGGUUGUCCUGAUGCUGUACACUGCUGCUGGCUCCUUUCCUCCAUAACUCUCAAUAAUUCAUCACACUCAUUUUUUUCCUACAUGCCAUCUCCAUAUAGCCGCCUUUAUGCUCUAAAUCAUUGAUUUGGCACUCAGUGCUCCCAUUUACUCCUCGUAGAUUUAAAUGCCUGAGGAAGGAAACAGAAGUUAACAGCAGCAGUAAAAAGGUGAUGAAGUUCAGACCAAGUGUCAGUGUCCUGGAGUUACCUCUGGACUGCAGAGUCAGAGGUGGCCAAUGUCAACCAAUCAUAUCAGACUUGAGUUAUACGGCACUUUCCAUGCAUGAAUGUAACACAAAUAUAAUCAUAAUAGCAGGCAAUGUGUCAACUUAUACAACACUACAUGGGAUCCCACUCCGUGUAGCAGUAUCUUAAUUUUCUUUCAAAAAAACAAAAAGCAAAAGUCAAACAAGGUUUUAAAAAACUUAUAAAACAGUUCGUCUAAAUAGAUAAAGGUCAGAUAAAUGAUAUAGUGAUACAGAGGGUAAUGCACUGGCUUUGCAUUUCUGUGUUUCCUGAGGGCCUAGAGUUUCAGGGGGUAGUCCCCCACCCAAAGGAUAAAUUUGGAUCUCUGGCCAGGAGAGAGGAAUUAAUGACAACAGAAAUAGAAUAAGCUGCAUUACACUUCACACACAUUCAGAACCAGAAUCAGCUACCUGUUAGAUUAUCCUUUUUAACAUCAGAACAGCUAAUGUCCAAGAUUUCCUCAGAGUGUAUCUCUGUGUCAUUGUACUAUUUUUGCAGUGAAUAAAACUUCUAUAAGAAAAGAUUAUAGAAGAAAUUCAGCUUUAAAAAUAUUUUUUUUGUAUGUAACUUCACAUUAACUUCAUGUCCGCCCCUCUGCCUGUUCUUUUUAUAGCUUUGAUUAGGUGUCUCAUUUAAAGCAAUCCGGAUUUGCUAGUCUUGUAACGUCUGUAUCUGGAUCAAGGUGAUCCAAUCAAAUGAUGCUUUGAACAAUUGGCACUAAAAUGAGACUGAUGAGCUGAUUCUGGGCUUUAGAGGAAGCAAAUUCAAUAUCUUACAGACUGUGAUUUUUUAUUUACAAGAGGGACUGAGGAAUCCAAACCAAAAUCACAGACAGAGAGCUAUCUCAGUCGUUGAAAUCACCUGACCAUAGCCAUAAACAUUCAUCUGACUGGAAGCCGUGACCAAAGCGGCUAAAAUCGAGUUUCUAGGAAGUCUGUUUUAUGGCCCAGCUGGGAAGUCUUAGUGGACUUUCUGCCUGGAAACAGGCGCCUCUUUAUUUUCUUGUGUCUGUGUUUUGACACCUGUCAUAUGGAGUGGCUCCAUGCCAAAGGCUAGCUGGCUAGCUGCUGAAUCCUAUUACCUUAAGCUGAGGAUUAGCAUGCUGGAAACAGAGAGGCUGGUUCAUUGACCCUGGCAGAGCUGUGUUUGCUAUGUCAGUCUGAUUUGUGACAUGUUGAGUCAUAUGUGAAGCCAUUACGUAAAGCCAUAAAAGCCAUAAAAACGUUACAUCUAUCAUAUCGACUCUCCUCACUAGUUUGCAGUCUGACAGUGUUCAAAGUAGCAACACUCACAAAUGCUAACAUCCCCUGAUUCAGAAAGGUCCUGGAAGCCUGUUUUUGUCAAGUCCCACUUGUCCCAGUGAGUGGUUUUCUCAGUUCACUCACAGGUCACAGACCUGCCCCACCAGAGAGCUUUGGAUUUCUCUGCCCUUUAGUUAGCACAGAAGUUUCACCUUUUCCCCAAUUCUCAUUCUCUUAAAACACCAGUUCACUGAAGUGCCCACUCAUGUCCACUGUCCACACUAAAUACCUGAUCAUCAUCAUCAUCAUAAUGCUAUUAGCUGUGGUUGUAUUUUGUCUUCUUUGAAGCCUAUUGACCAGAACAAUUGAUCUGUACACUUCAGGUGGAGGAACAUGGAGGAACAUGUGCGGUCACUGACUUAUAAAAGAUUUUUAUCAAGUCUAUAAAGAAACAUAGUAAUUCUGUUUUUGUUGUGAUACUGUGAUUUAAUGAGGCUUGUAUUUUACAGCACAUAAUUUUUUCAGUUUUACGCUGGUUGUAGUAUCUAACAUGGGAAGUUUACCAGCCACCUGUUCAGAGAAAGUACUUAUUUUGAUCGUAUUCAUAUGGAAAUUUCUAUGAACUUCUGACUCGGCCAUGAAGGUGAGGAACAGUAGAGGAUUUAAUGUAUCAAAAUCUCUUAUGAUGACCACUUUAAAAUUAGAAACCCAUUGAUGCAGUUGUACCACCUGUUUGAGACAUCUGAGAGCAUGAAAAUUACUGGUCUAAACUUUUAGAACAAUCUCAAUAGCCUGUAAACUGUUGAUGUUUUUUUUUAUGCGUCUUGCAAAGAUUUUAACCAUAAAAACACACUUUCGCAAUUGAACUAUAAUUUACUAGUAUUAAAGCUCCUGUGGGGAACUUUUAGUUUCUCUAAGGGUCUCAGGAUACAAAAAAAUUGUAUUUCAGACUGUUUCAAAAAAUUAAAGGAGCUUUAAAUGAACAAUUUUCUUCACCUUUUUAGUCUGUGAACUUACACAGACAUUUGCGCCACCUGCCACCUAAACAGAUUUAAAUCAACAAGUCAAGAACAUAAAACAGAAACAAAACUCUAUAUUAUUGAAGUUUUGUACAUCCUGUGUUAUUGUAAAUUUUGAAUUCAUGUGUUUUUACCCUCUCUCUCUUUUUUCCUGCUGUCCUGUAGUGGAGGAGUCCGACAUUAUAGACUUGGAAAAGCGCUACUGGCUGUUGAAAGCUCAGUCCAGAACCGGCCGCUUUGACUUGGAAACCUUUGUCCCGCUUGUGUCUCCCCCUAUCCACGCCUCUCUGAGUGAAGGUAGGACUGCAGAACCUGUAUCCCGGACUUUUUGAGAUGACUCUGCUGACAUUGAAAAUCUUCACAGACCUCUUUUUUGUAUCUUUAUUAUCUGAUUUUGUUUUCCAGGCCUGUUUCACGCCUUUGACGAGAAUCGGGACAAUCACAUUGACUUUAAAGAGAUCUCCUGUGGACUCUCUGCAUGCUGCAGGGGGCCGGUAGCUGAGAGGCAGAAAUGUAAGCCAUGCUGUGGUUUUUCAUCAUUACAGAUACAUUUAUCUCAGAGGCUUCACAAGUACAGUCUGUGUCUUCUUUGUAGCGUUGGUCUGGGAUUUAAAUGUAGGCUGGAGAGAGAGAGGAUGUUUUUGGAAAGUGUUACAUUGUAGGUCAUUAGUGCACAAUCACUGGUGCUUGAAAUUACAUUUACAGAAAAGGAUUUCCUGCUAAUAGACUAAGCAGCAUUACAUUGGGUUUAAAGGUGGAGAAGAAAGUGCUUGCACGUGUAUUUUACUUCAUAACCACGACUUUCUUUCUCUAUCUUCUUUCUUCUGCCAGUUUGCUUCAAAGUGUUUGAUGUCGACCGUGACGGGGUUCUGAGUCGAGAUGAGCUCCAUGAAAUGGUUGUGGCCUUGCUGGAGGUGUGGAAGGACAAUCGUACAGACACACUCUCAGUGAGUUCACACACACACCCUCACACACACACACACACACACACACACACACACACACACACUGUUCUUACUGUAUAUUCAAGUAGGGUUUUUUUCUUUGUUAAAAGGGUAUUAAACUCUCCCUCAGGUACAUUGUUAUCUAGUUGAAAUAUUAAAGGUUGUUUUGUCUAUUUUGCCUGUUUGAGACCUUAAAAAAUUAAUAUGGAGGGAAAUGAUAAUGAAAAUCAACACCCGUAUUUUCUUACCAUAAAAAUGCACUUCUAAAAAGAGCUGUGUGAUAAAUCAGAUUUUAAUUUCAAAUAUGACCCCCUAUGAUCAUGAUAAUUUAAGACUCCAGACUGAAGGAUUAUUGUGCUGCCUGCUGUGAUGUGCACCCUGCCUCUCUUCCUUGAAGAGCAGAGCUCGGUGCAGUCCCUUCCUUCAAGCAGCUCUCACUUUCACUUCAUCAUUUGCAGCUUGUAUCAAUCUGAAAUGAAAUUUUGGAGCAUGAGGAAGAUGCAGCUCAGGCUUGAAUUAAUUGAGGAUCUCUUUUGGCUUCAACAUGCUGUGCAGCUGCGCAAUAAACUAUCAGGUAGCGACAGUUGGAGAGAGGAGAGCAGGGAGAGGAACAGGAUGAGGCAGGUGUGUGUGUCUGAAAAGCAGAGGGACAGAAGGGCAAAAGAAGAGAGAGGCUGUAGUGAUCACAGGAGUGCAUAAGUGCCGAUGACUGCCAUUCAUCAGAUAUCUGAUCCAGUUAAUUUGGUCAAUAUCGGAGCCGAUAUCCAAUCCAAAUAUCGGAUCCAUGCAUCCCUACUCAGAAUAAUCGUGUUCUUGAUUUUCCCCCAUAAUCGAGCAGCCUUACAUCUGGUUAUCAGGGGGAAUCAAAAGAGAGUGACUUAAAUAUGAUCUUAAAUAACAGUUCAGUACUUCUAUCCAAACUGUUUCAAAAGGAUUAUCAUUAUUGCAUGUUAGCAACGAUAUGAAAUUCAUAUUGAUGUUUUUUUUUUUUUUACACUUCAAACUAAAAGAGUUUACCAUCAGCCCAAAGCAAAAAGAGCUGUCUCAGGUAACCUCUAAUGACUCGAGGGUGCUUUGCUAGUCAGCUGAAAAUCAGUACGCAACAAUGAUUCAUCAUCCACACAUACACGAUACAUGGGCAAGCAUCCAAGGGAUAAAUAGCCACAAUUUCAGCGGUUUCAGAUCUUGCCCAUAUCAGAUUGCCACAAUCAGUAUGAGUGGACAAUCUCUCUUUCUUUCUACAUCUAGUGUGCGUGUUGCGAGUGGUGUGAAGAGAGAGAUGUAACAGAGUUUGAGAGAAUCACAGAGAGCAUGUCUCUUCAGGCGUUGAUAAUAAAUCAAACAUUUUGUUUUACAGGUGAUCAUGGUUUUAGGGGUUUUUAUUCACUUCUGUAACUUUGUUUCAUGUCCUUUCAAAAUAAAAGCAUUUUGAAAACAGAAGAUUAACAUGAAAUAGCCAUGACGUAGAAAAUUUAAAGCAACACAAACGCAAGUUUUAUGAAGUUCCAAUUUUUCUUCAGCAUAUAUGGACGGGCUUACUUACACCUUUAUUAAACUGGGUGAAAACUGGGAAUCAUACAGUGAACUAAGCUUUUUUGCUGCAUUCCUUACGAACCUCUGAUUCUUAAUAACAUGUUUACAGCCUUGCAAGCAGCUAAAAAUGAUAAACGGUAUUUAUUUAGUCAUUUUUCGUCAGUGAAGUUCUCUGAUUUUUCUUAUUUAGUUUCUGAAUGUGAGCAGCCGCAUGCCGGUUGCUCCUCUUUGCUAAUACAACUUUGUGUUGACUUGCAGGAGCUGCACAGUAGUGUGUCUGACAUCGUAGAGGGCAUCCUGAAGAUGCACGACACAACCAAGGUGAGACCCACACGUCAUUUGUCAAGGACUUAGUCAUGUGACGUUUGCUUUGUGAUAAAACUUUAUUUUGUAAUUGUGGUGCACAAAAAGUAAGCUAACUGCAGCUGUCAGUCCUUGCCAAGUUCACCUACAUCAACCCUGAAGUCAUCUUACAAGUCAAAGUUUUACAUGUCAUUGCAUUGGUAGUUGUGAGCUACAGACCCACUUACUUUGACCAAUUAUAAGAGACUCUUACCACCCUAUUUCUCUGGUGACUGUUUUUUUUUAAAUUCAGUCUAACCAGCUCUCCACAAGCUUUCUUACUUAAUAGUAUACAAACAUUUUCUUCAAAUGCAUGAACAAGGGAGGGAGAAGGGAGAGAGAUAAGCUGUUAAAAAGCAGUGCUGUGAGAUUGGUCUAAUUCAUAUCCAACUGGAAAAUCUUCAAAUGAGUUUUAAACAAACCGCGGCCAAUGUAAGGUCAUUAAAAUUGGAGCGAUCCUCUUAGUGUGUUUUUUGGGGUUAUGCUGCAAUAUUGUGCAAAUUUUUGAAACAAAAGAGUGCAAAACCUUUGAAAUGCUGUAUUAUUAGUUCAUCUAUGAGGAACUGGGCAUGACUAACUAAGUGUGUGGGUACACUCACAACUUAUCACUGAUCAUUUUCUUGGCGGUACUCCUGUUGUAGUAGAAUAAGAUUUGAUGACUUUGUUCACAUGUUUCUCAGAAGUGAAAAGCAAACUGCCUUUCACUGAUAUUUUUGGAACUGAUAAAAAAAACGUAGCUGGAACACAGUUUUUUUGGUUUGUUUUGUUUGUUUGUGUUGUCAGUGUUCAGUUUGAGAAAAUCUCAUUCUUCAACAUCUGUUUCCCCACAGCAGCUACAGUAGAUGUAAAGAUGACUCUUCACCCUAAUUUUAAAGGAGUCAUAGCAGUUUAUAUUUUGAAUAAAGUGAACCUUUACACACUGAUGUCUUUGUUUUUGACUCCUCACCAGCUGGGUCACCUGACCCUGGAGGACUACCAGAUCUGGAGUGUGAAGAGCGCUUUAGCCAACGAGUUCCUAAACCUGCUCUUCCAGGUCAGAAAACACACAUCCUGUCAUUGUAAAUCUUGUGUUUUUGUUGAAAUUAUGAGAAAUAAUCAUCAUCGUUUUCCUCGUGUUUUGUACAUCUCUGUGGUUUGGUCUUGUUACAGGUCUGUCAUAUAGUCCUGGGGCUCCGGCCUGGUACUCCUGAAGAGGAGGGACAAAUAAUCAGGUACAAACUUGUCCCAUUAACUUUAUAAUUUAUGUUUUUGUUCACAAAUUUUAACAAUAUUCUGCUGGUUUACUGGCUGUUUCUGAUAUGAUUAGUGUUUUCUUACCUCCUGAACAUGCCUCUGUUUGUGUGUGCUUGUUUGCUGUUUGUGUGUGUGUGCAGGGGUUGGUUAGAAAGGGAGAGCAGACAUGGGCUGCAGCAAGGUCAGAACUGGUUCCUCAUCUCCAUGCUGUGGUGGCAGCAGUGGAAGGACUACGUUCAAUACGUGAGUUAACUUGAAGAAAUGCCCAAAUAGAAAUAUGCACCAGUGUUAACGCUAAAAUUCAGCUGAUGGGUCAGAUAGUUGCAUCUCUGCAUAAAAAACAAAGACUCUAAACCAGCUAAUUUGUAUGCAGAGAGAGGUGUCAGUGCUGUCUGUGAAAAAUUGCAAUUAAAAAGAUGAGAUAACAACCAAUUAGCCAGCACCAUGACAGUGUUCCUUUUGCUUAGGAGCUCUCUGUAACUUCUAAAAAAAAAAACAGCAUUUGUUUGUAAUAUUAAGUCCGAGUAGAUUCUGGAUCCAGAUGUGUCUCAGUCUCUCACGCAGUAUCCUGCAUUUAUGUCUCCAGGAGCAGAAAGGCAUCGUGGUGGAGCAGCCAUCCAUCUUGAACUCUCUACGGAGUCCCAUGACCUCAGCUUCUGCUGAGUUCAGUCCACCAGACAGACUCGGAGGACUGGGGACCUUCAGUCAGGUCAGCCCCACCGAGGAGAGGUCACCUGAUGCUGUGUCCAGCGCCUCAGAGGCAACAGAGAGCGGUCAGUCUGCACACAGCACAGAACAUGAGAACAAAAAUACACAGCAGGGUAGUCAAAGUGUUUCUGUUUUUCUCUUUGUGAAAUAAAAGAGAUCAAAUAUAAAUCAGUUUGUAAAAUUUGCAAAUUGGGUUCUCUUUUUACCCAACCUGUUCCAUUUACCGGACUUGUAUUUCCUUCCACUGCAGCCCUGAGUCCUCAGGUAGCCCCCUCAGCCACAGAGAGCUGUUUCGCCCGUCAGCACAACGUGUCAGACAACAACAAUCAGUGUUUUUCUGGAGCCAACGGACACCUCCCCUCACAGCUAGCAGCACAAAGACCAGGAGCCAUUGACAACCAGCCUCUGGUCAACACCGACCCCAUGAAGGCAAGUGUGUCUGUCUGUGUGUGUGUGUGUCUUUGUGUGUGUUCACUGCUUCAGUUUUUUUUCUGUGUGCUGAAGAAAAAUAAGUGGAAUGUAUGUGUUGUAACAAACAAACUGUUACAGACUUUUCAUCUUUUCUUAACAUUUCGCAGAUGUUUUCAUAAAACGAUCUCAAACUCUAGACUCUUUUUACUCGUGGGUACACUUUUAUUUGAUGCACCUCCUGACCUGCAUUUCUGACCUGACCUGAAUUUUGGUUUGAUGCAGGUCACAUGCAAACAAACAAAGACUUGUAAGUCUGAGUUAUCUGCCUGAAAAUCAACAGAUAUGCUUCAUCUUUAAAAUUGUGACAAAACAACACAGGACAAGAACUUUAUUGAACUUGGAAAUUCGUGAAACAUUAAACAUCCUUAAAAUUGGCUCCCUUAUCAGGGUUGACCACCAAACAUGGAAAUUAAACAAAUACCCGAUAAGCACUUUAUAAACUGUUAACUCACCCUACAGACUCCAACAGAAGAAUUUAAGUGUUGCUGUUGUUUUUGUCUUGGCAUUAAUUUUUGACCUUUUUUAAAUGAAAUUUCGACUCUGUCUUCAAAGUGCAUGAAAAAAGAAAUAUUCUUUCCUUAACUAUUUUUAGAAUUUUGAUCCAAACUCUCAUAUUGUGUAAUCACUUUGUAACACAACAGCUUAAUUUUUUGUCUUUUGUUUUGUUUUUGGCAGUGAGUUUUAAUGAAAGGUUUUACUUUUUGAAAGACAGUUGUGGUCAGCUUCAGCUUUUGCCUUCACAGUUUUAAUCAUUCAUCUUUAUUUUUUUGUUUUGAUGCAGUUUGUAGGAUUAUAUUCAGAGUGAAGUAUGUUUCACUUUCAGCUCCGGUUUUGACAGCCUGGCGACUACAUCACAGAAAGCCCUCAGUCAGGAGGAGAUCACAUAACUCUGAUCAGGCAUCAUGUUCACAGCUUUGCUCUGCCUCAUGUUUGACAUAUGAGCGCAGGGAAGAUCCUCAGUCUCAGAGAAGACUCCAGAAUCAAUACAAGCCCUCUGGAUUCGCUGUCUGAACCAUGCCCAUCUGUUCCAAAGAGCCAUGUUUUGAAAAGAUGGAUUUGAUCCAGACCUUCAACGCAUAAAAAUACGAUUCGACUGCUACUUUAUAUUUGAAGAAGUCUCUUUUUAGAUAUGAUAUCCACCUUUUUUUUUGCUGAAAGAAGAAUUGAUCAGAGUCUCUGUUCAUCUGCUGCCACCGACUCUAGAGGGCUAGAUAGUGCUUUCUUUUUCCUUUGUCUUAUCUCUGUAUUUUGCUGUAAUAACAGCAGGCUGGGUAUAGCAUUUACCGUCUCUGUUUAUUAUCUGUAAUUCAAGCAGGCGGAGGAGAGGUUUUUUUCUGCACUCGUCUAAAUGCUGUGUCCCCACAGGCCCCAACGUUAACCAUGGAGGGAGGGCGGCUGAGGCGCUCCCUGCAGCAGCAGCCCGGCAGAGACUUUGAGACUGUGCCAGAGCCGGUGUGGCGAGCACUCUACCACUGGUAUGGUGCCAACCUCAGCCUGCCACGACCGGUGAGUUAACACAGAACGAAACACGCCUCCGCUGUGAAGCUGGAUCCAUGAAUCUCAAACACCUCUUGAACUUAAAUUUGAAUGUAUUGAUUAUGCCAUUGGGUGCUUAGCUGUAAUGUUAUGUCUUGUAUUAAGUCACAUGCAGUUGAAUCAAUUGCAAACAUGUUUCCAUUUAUUUAGUUUUAAAGGUAAUUUCUUGUGUGAUUUUGCCUUUAUUGAUCAAUCAGCUCAAGGCAGAAAUAAAAUACAGCACAGGGAGUGGAGAGAGGGGCUGAGAGCCAAACCAACACGCCCACUUUUUAAGAAUAAAAUGAAAUGAAUAACCAGCCAACACGAAUUAAAAUACUGUGAAGAAUUCUCCUGGUCAGUCAUUCUUAAAUAUAACUAAACAUGUGCAAAGGUCAAAAGUUUGUAGGUAUUUUACUGAAACUAGAGAGAAAAUGGAAGCAAAAUUCAAGUAAUGUUGCAUCAUAAUUUCUUGUAAGAGAAAAAUAUUACCUUCAUCAUCAUUGUGCACCAUAUUAACCCAAAAUUAAAUACCUUUGACUGUAUUAAGGUUGGGAAAAGCCAUUAACAGCCAUUCAGCUAGUUGAAGUAAUCCCACGUUAAAAUCUGUGUUGAAAUUUGGGAUAAAGUCUCAUUAGCAAAUGAAUUGAAGUGAUGUAGAAUUUAGUUUGUUCUCCUGGUAUUAUGAAAAGGACAUUACAGAUAAAAUAAAGACCCGAUUAGAGCUUCUAACACAAGCUCUAAUCAGCUUGUAAAACAGUGUUACAGCUACUUUAGUCAACUUUUGUCAAAGCAGACAUUUAAAUAUGAUUUAUUUCCUCAACCAAUCCAAACAGCUUCCUAUGACGGUGUUGUGCCCCACACAAGUCUACCGUUUUCUUAAAAUAAAGUAUCAUCGACGUAGUAAAGCUUUUAAAAAGUGGCGCAUGCUGGGGAAGAAAUCAGCUACUUGCACCAUACAUAAGAGCAAAUAGUCAGCUGUAUCUGUUUGCCUACAGGGAGCACACAUUGGUCAAAUGUUUUUAGAUUGCAGGGGAAGUAUUUACUCGAGCAGGAGUAUUUUUUCAGAACAUGUCAUAGGUCCAUUUAACAAAUUAAACUAUAGAUAUAUAAAACUUGAUUGACGUGAGAGAGGAGCAGAGUAGAAUCACCAGCUUACAGCGAGGGGCCAAGCUGAGGAGCAGUAUGUGGAGGCGUGCGGAGACACCUGUGUGAGUUUAAAAUCUCAGGCAGAAGGGAGAGAGCGUCCUCCCCCACUUUUUACAGCAGAUUACACAAGAAGGACAACUGUCGAUGAUUUUUAUCAGGUUAAAAAAUAUUGCAUAUUUAUACUGUUUUAACAAAAUGUACUUGCAGUGAAAAGUCAGGGUUGUUCAGUCAGGUGGGUUUUAUUUCGCACAGGUUGACAUUUUAUAAACUAACUGACUAUAUAACUAAACUUAUUAUAUAACUAAACUGGUUCUUAAAACUUGCCUGAUGAUUUGGUGUUCAGCUAUCACUCGAGUUAUGUUGAAAAACUUUGACAGAGCAGGAAAAUAAGCAGCUAUGAGAAAAGUUCAGCACAGAACAGCUGAUUAUUGUUGUUGUCAAAUAGGUUUGUUUAAAUCUGAUACAGAAAAAAGGUAUUUGUUGAAUUACAUGUAGAAACCUCUCAUUCUACGUGUCUGGGUAACUCUUGCUAAGUUUUGAGACUUUCCCUCCAUUUUUUCAGGUGAUCGUUGACAGCAAGUCAGGCCAAUCCGAGCUGGAGCUCUUCCCCCGCUAUCUUCUCUUCCUCCGCCAGCAGCCGGUCACGCGCUCCCCCCAGUCCAACAUCUGGGUCAAUAUGGGUAUGACCAGCCUGCGAAUGUUCCCUCCGUAUUUAGCCGCAACGAGAGGUAAUGUAAGCCUGCAGCAAGACCAGAGCAAGCCGUCGAAUGCUUCAUUGAGCCACCCUGCAUCCCCCCCCUAUAAUCCUCCCAGAGUGGACUGAUCCAGCCUGGCAGUGCUCUGGAGUGGGCAGUGGGGUGAACCAACAGCCCAUGAAGGGGGAACACUGCUGAUCUCUUAAAAAGAUGCAUAAUUUCAAUGUUUUCGAUCUUCACAGACCUCUGAAAGAACUUGUUAUAGCGCUCUACGCUCAUGUGCAUUUUGACGUACAUUUGAAUGGUGGGGGGCAGGAUAAUUGUGCGCCUCAUCUUGUUAUAUUGUAUGUUUAAAACCUGAUCAAAUGAAAUUAGAAGAAUCAGAAUUCUCCGUCUUUAGUUCCCAACAUUCAGACAAAAACUAGGCGAGCCACUUUACCGAUCAUUUUUGCAUUUUUCUUGUUUUUGUUAUACUUUGAUGCAACAGCCAUCCUAGAUCAAGACAAGAGGGGCGGUCUACUGUCCCUCUGCAGUCUGCACCUCUCUGGUCUAUAUCCUAGUACUGUCUGAAUUCUUUGUCAAUUAUUAGACAAGUGUCCCCUCCCUAAAUUUUGAGAUUGCAGUGAGACUUUUCAAGUUUAACAUGAACCUUCUGCUGCUGUUGUUUGGAUUGUUUUGUGCAGCUUGUUCCUGCUGAUGUUAUUUUUUAUUCUCCUAGUUUUGCUGUGUCAUAAUUAGAGAGUGAAUUUUUAUGAAGUUGGGUAAUGUGGAUAAUUUUAGAAAAUGUGCUUUUAAUGAGGAUGGUCCAAGAAGCAGACUUAUAAGAAGACAGAAGAGGACAGGGGUCAGCAAAGCAAAAAGCUAGGGUUGUUGGCACAUAUAAGUUACUACUCUUAUUACCUUGCACUCUUAUUUGUGGUGAAUUUACUCAAAGACACACUGAUGUGUCUUUACAUCAGUGCAGGCCAACUUCUUGCAGAAAUUUUAUGAAGGACCCAGCAGUAAGAUUCCAGGAAAGUUUUGGGAAAUUUUUAGCUCUUUACAUUCACUCAUGCAGCCGACCCUGAAAAAGUUUCCAGGAGUUUUGUGCUUAUUCUUAUAGAAAUUCUCACAGGCUGCUGCCUAAUGGAGACUGAGACACUUUGAAGCCAACCUCAGGUAGCCACAAAGGGAAUUGCAGUUAUUAGAAUUUUCUUUAUGGCACCAUUGUUCUCACUCCGAGGUUGACACUUGUUGAAAAGCAUUAAUGAAGUUUUCUUGCCUUACCUCAAUCCAGACUAUUAGCAGCUCUAAUUUAAGUCAUUUUCAUUUAGUCAGCUCUGCUCCAGUGUACUUGCAAUGGAAAGCCUAAUUAUGGACCUACUCAGUCCAGUGUUUGUUGUCCCAUUAUGUCUCAGUAGACAUAAUGGACAAGCAUUCACUCUUGCUGCUUGUGGAGUUGCGCACAUUUUCUGCAGUGUAAUCAGGUUGGAGAAGACAUCAGCUGCACUCAGUCGGAGAGCCGGUCCUCAUCAAGUAUCCGGUUUCCCCCUGUGGAAAGCUUCGGGUGCCAUUAUGACUCAGUCUGUGUCUGAGCAGCAGCUUGUCAUUGCUCCACAUUUAGUCCCUCUCCUUAGUCUCUCAGGCUUGUUUCUAGAUACCUAAAGUGGAUCUAAUUCUCCCUCAUAUUCCAUAUAACAUCUUCUGACAGCCUGAGCUUCAGAGACGAACACUUAGACAAGCGUACAGGAUGUUUUUUUGUGUGUGGUUGAAAAGUGCAGCUGUGCAGAUCGAAAACAUUAAAAUCACUACUUUUAUUAAUUUAAAAUCAGAACCAGUAAAAUGAAGCUGGCGUUGAUUUAACAGGACUAAUUUUGAUUUUCAUCUGAUUUAAUCCAAGGCCACUAAAUCAACAGAGUUGAUUGACGAAUCAUGUGUGCACUGAUUGGGGAAAAAAAAGCCUUUUCUUGCUGCUUCCUUACAACUAAUCCUCGGUCACCAGAAUGCUGUUUUUGUUAUUGGUCACUUGUUUGCAUCUACAAAAUAAUGAUUGUAUGUUUUAAGAAAAAACACAAACUAGAAGUAAUACGGGCGAGUUUUAAGACCGCGACUCCUCUCUUUGUCACCUCAGCAGGUAGUGUACCAUCACCCAACGCUCCCCUCAAGAGGGUUUUGGCCUACACAGGCUGCUUCAGCCGCAUGGGCACCAUCAAAGACAUCCAUCUAUACCUAUCCCAGAGACUUCGAAUCAAAGAGGAGGACAUGAGGCUCUGGCUCUACAACAGUGAGGUGCGCCACAAAGCUCCUACUCUAUCUUUUACUUUUAUUUUUACACAUUUGAUAGCACAAAAUUAGUCAAAUGUGUUACUCAGGGAUGCACCGAUCCAAUAUUUGGAUCAGUUACUGGCUCUGAUAUUGACAAAUUAACUGGAUCGGAUAUCUGAUGAAUGACGCUGAUCCAGUGUUCUGAUCGGAUUGGAUUGGGAAAAAAUGGAUUGGUGCAUCUCUAGCUUAAACAGCCUCUGCUGCACAAAAUUCUCAAACAUGGGUUUAAAUUCAACAAGAUGUGCUCCACUAGAUUUUAGCCUUCAAGAAUUUUAAAUCUUUUUAUUCAUAUUCUAUUAAUCUUCUUAUGGUUUUAUCAGUGUGGGCUUCAGGGCUUCAUGCAGCUCUGUUGGUGCAGCACAUGCCCCAUGUACAGAGGCGGAGUCCUUGUUGCAGCAACUCCAAAUUUAAUUCCAGCCUUUUCUAUUUAUUUCAAAUACAUCCAACACUCUAAUGAAAAGGAUAAGCACUCGGUGAUAAAGUCAAACCCAUCACAGCCUCGCCCAAAUAUUUAUGCUCCAAUGAUAAAUUAUGUGAUGUUCCACAUAACCCCAAAUGUCCCGUUUAAUCACAAGCAUGGAGAUAGAUGGGCAGUAAGAGCCAGUGCAUUACCAGGGUUAUCAGGUUCUUCCCUUCAUUGCUGUUUUUUUUAAUAAGUCAUGCCCACAAUGCUUCAGGGAGACUUAUACAGUUGGCUCCAGCAUCCCAGAACCACCCCCUCUAUGCUGUCAUCUUCCACUCACACCCACACCCACAUGCCAACACCUGAAAUGGAAGAGUCUGUAAGAAGACGUUGGAGGGAUGACACAAAAUUGAGAGCCGUGGUGAGAAGUCUGUUUGGGCUCAUACUCAAUCAGGCAACAAGGUUGUGUGCUCUACCUGCCCCUAUUUUCCCAUAUUUAUAAGGGAAAGGGGAUGAGAAGAGAGAGACUGAGAGGAUGAGACUGAGUAGAAAGAGAAAGACAGAGAAAACAAGGGUAUGAAACCUGUUGGGGCCGCUUUUAAGCUAGGCUGAAUGCUCUACCUCCCUCCAUUCCCCUGUUUGCAUGAGGGAAAACAGAAGUGAGCUAUAGGACAGGGGCAACAGCAUGAGGCUAGAAGUCCAUCAAGGCUCGUACUCUCUCCUGUUAGCUUGGACUGUACACUCUACCUCCCCUAGUCCUCCACUCGAGUACUCAUUAUAUGUCCUCCACACUUACAUGUGGGGGACUGUUCAAGUUGGCUUAAAAGUGUAAUCAAUUGUUUGUUCUGCAUUUAAUUCAAACAAUGAACAGUGUAUUGUACUUUAAAUAAUAAUGCAUAUUACAAUAUAGUUCCCGUUCACCUGAAAAAUUCAUUUCACCAGUAGAAAUAUGAUUUUCUGCACAUUUAAAGGUGGGGAAUAAAGAGAAGGGGAUAGUUCAUGUGCGUCAAUAGACGUGUGUGUGUUGGUGAAGAGAAUGGGACACAUUAGAGUUCAGUGUGGUUGUAGCUCCUGGACUAUCUUUGUAUAGAAAGAGUAUUAAGGUUUUUAUAAAGUAUAGCUCAUUCUUGAUUUAGUUUAACAGGAUGAUGAACAGUGUAAUUUGAAGUUAAAAAUAACGAUAUACACAAGAAGAAAACACACAUUUUUCUGUAAAUCAAAAGCGUCUAAACAUCCGUUUUCUCCUCUGCAGAACUACCUCACCCUCCUCGACGAUGAAGAUCAUACACUGGAGAGCCUAAAGAUCCAGGAUGAGCAGCAGCUAGUUAUUGAAGGCAUGAAACACUCUCCUUUCUCUGUUUCAGUUUCCCUUCAGAAUAAACAAACACCAAUGUUUUAAAUGAUAAGGUUUGAUUUCAAUGUUUUCCUCUCUCUUCACAGUCAGGAACAAAGACAUGAGUUGGCCUGAGGAAAUGUCUUUUAUUGCCAACAGCAGUAAGAUGGAUAGACACAAAGGUAAGCCCUAACUUGCUCAUUAGCUUCUUUGGACGCUGAGGAGCAGGGGGAAGUCGGUUCUGAUUGGUGGAUAUUAUUUGUGCUCACUUAUAUAAAGGAUAAUGAAGAAAUACCUGUCUAUUAUAAAGACAUUGUGGACUUUAUUAGUUCCUCGUUAAUUUGACUUUCAGGGGUCUUUUCAACCUGCACACAGUCACUAAAAGGAUCACAUAUCCAUGUUACAAUUGCAUUUUUACUGUUUACUGAUUCAAGAUUUAACAAUUUAAUUAUUAAAUGAAAUAAAGAAGGGUCAGGUGCCACCCUGUGAGCAUACUAAAAUCAAAGAUAGCUUUUCUUUUACUUAAGUCUAAAAGUACAUUCUUGUUUUCUAUCCCAGUUCCUACAGAAAAAGGAGCUACAGGCCUCAGUAACCUUGGCAACACAUGCUUCAUGAACUCCAGUAUCCAGUGUGUUAGCAACACCAAACCCCUCACCGACUACUUCAUCUCUGGGAGACACCUUUACGAGCUCAACAGGUGAGGUUUUGACUCUUCAUCCCUGCAGUAUAGAUCCUGUCACCCCCCUCCUAAACUGGUAGUUAUAAUAUAUGUGUAUGUCUUGGUGCUUUGGCAGAACUAACCCCAUCGGGAUGCGAGGUCACAUGGCAAAGUGUUACGGUGACCUGGUGAUGGAACUGUGGAGUGGGACGCAGAAGAACGUGGCCCCGCUGAAGCUAAGGGUGAGUGCGGUCCUGACUGUCUCACACAUAAAACAUUGAAAGCCUCAUGAAGAGCGCUAUGCAUAGAUUUAUUUUAUUUUAUUUUAUUUGUUUAUUGUACAACCUCAAAAAAGUUGGGACGCUGUGUAAGAUUAUAAAAACAUUUAUCAUAAUAAAUUUUUAUUUUCUCAACUGUUGUCUUUAACAUAUUUUCAAUGAAAAUAGAAGUUUUAAAUGAUUUGCAAAGCAUCAAAUUUUGUUUUUGAUAAGAUUAUAUACAGCGUCCCAGCUUUUUUAUAAUCAAGGUGUGAAAAUGAAAUUCUAAAGACAGACUUAGCCGAUAACAACAGUUUUUUUUAGCCCCAGAAGUUGCCAUCACAAAACACAAACACAGACACAGAUCAUGGCACUAACAGUUGGUGUCACGGCACAUUCCUUUUUGUUGAAUUACAGGAAAAUCAGCUGGACUGGCUGUAAACUUUUAAAUUAGUAAAAGUGUUUGUCACUUUGUUAAACACCCUCUCUCAUUGCUGAAAACCGCUGCUUUUAAAAUGCCACCAUAUAAUUAAUCAGUCUUAUACCAGUGGCUGUUGUAGCUCAUGAAGAGGCAUCAGUAUCUUUUCAGUGUGUUUCAUAACCAGUUUAAACCUCCAGGUUGUGUCCAAAUAAAUCUUACAAUCUCAUUUUUUCUUCUUUAGUGGACGAUAGCAAAGUACGCCCCACGCUUCAACGGCUUCCAGCAGCAGGACUCCCAGGAACUGCUGGCUUUCCUGCUGGAUGGUCUCCAUGAAGACCUGAAUCGAGUCCAUGAGAAGCCGUACGUAGAGCUGAACGACAGCAACGGCCGGCCUGACUGGGAGGUGGCCUCUGAGGUCAGUUUUCAUGCUGUUUACACAUCUGAAUAUAUUAAAUAUUUAAUAACUACUUGCUGUUGUGCUCUGGGAAAAAAAACAGUAAAAGAAAUUCAAAAUUUUCACACUAAGACAAAUAAUAAUGUGAUAAUUAAGUUAUUGUUCUACUUAAAUGUUAUGAAAUUACUUUGUCAGCCCAGCUUUGCAGAGUCGUAGAGCUGUUGCGGUAUUUGAAGUCGUGUUGAUAUCUGUUUGUCUCGAGGAAAAGGAUUUGUAGGAUUAGUGGUGUGUGAUCUCAGCACUUAACUCUGUAUAUAUUUGUGUGUGUGUGUGUUUGUGUUGUGUGUAUUUGCUCCCUCAGGCAUGGGAGAACCACCUACGCAGGAACCGCUCCAUCGUGGUAGAUCUGUUCCACGGUCAACUCAAGUCCCAGGUGAAGUGCAAGACCUGCGGACACAUCAGCGCUCGCUUUGACCCCUUCAACUUCCUGUCCCUGCCGCUGCCCAUGGACAGCUCCAUGCACCUGGAGAUCACAGGUGAGGAGAGAGGGAGGGAGGACAGAUGCUGAGCAUGAAUUUUGCAGAACCUGAAUCAUGUGUGAUGUUGUGAUGCAUUUGUAGUGAUCAAGCUGGACGGGUCCACUCCUGUGCGUUACGGCCUGAGGUUGAACAUGGAUGAGAAGUACACAGGACUGAAGAAACAGCUGAGUGAACUCUGCAGUUUGAAGCCAGAGCAGAUCCUGCUGACUGAGGUCCACUCCUCUAAUAUUAAGGUACACAUCCACAGAUCCCAAUACAGGCGACAUCUUCCUCAAAGCUCAGCGGCUAACACAAAGGCUGAGGAGUAAUUGUAAAUAAUGAUGAGAAUGAAUAUAACUUCAUAGACGUGUUCUGAGGGACAAUAAGUUUAAAAAUAUGGAUUAGCCAAGAUUUCACAAGAAUGCUAAACUGUGUGUACAUCCCAGUAUACUGCAGAUUUUUGUGAGAGAUCAACUAAGAAUAACUGCCUAAAUGGCAGAUGCAGAGACUGCUGAGGCGGUGGUAUUUACAUCUGGGUUUUGGAUAAGGCAGCAAUAUGGGAGAGUAGAAGUAAGAAAGCAAACACCGUCAGUAAAACGUGCAGACUAAAAGAUGAAAUUUAAAAAAAAAACGAAGAAAACUGGCUUAUAAUAAAACCUUAGCACAAAAACAGGACAUCCCCAUCCUACUCCAUCAAUCACCCCAAAUCAGCUGGCAUGUUUGCUUUGCCAUAAUUUAAUGUACAAACUGAAAAUAGUCUGCAGCUCUUAAAGAUGGAUUGUCAUCUCUUGCACAUGAGACUUUGCCAGCUGUUUCCUAGAGGGGCACUUUAGCUGCUGUCACACACACUAGAAAGCUGGUCAGCUUGAAUGCCAGCAAGAGGCAAAGAUGAGGGGGCGAGACAUGCAUCCUUUCAAAGAGGAAAACCCUGGGUAAAAAUGUUACACUGGAAAACAGAGGAAAGUACAAAAACAUAAAUGCCAAUUUAAUUUUUUUUUAGGCUGCACUGGCUGUGAAUUGGCUACAAAUAUUGGCCACAAUAGACAGUAUGCAUGUUUAAUCAUGAUGUUCUUUUCAUUAAAGAGAGGAGAGUGAAUGAAAAGAGCUCAUGGGAAAUAACCUCUAACACUUCUUAAUGCUGCAGCUUGGUUUUUCAUGCUCACUUCAUCCCUCUGCUUUAGUAACACACACCCGGUCCGCCUCCUUUUGGUCGGCCUCGCUGCAGAUUUUAUUUUUGCACAAUUGGUUUUCAUCAAUGUCGAUCAAAGUUUCUUUGAUUGUCAGAAGGCCAAGAUUAUAAUUGCAAUCAGACUUCCAUUUGCUGGUCAGCCCCAGGUGAGACAUAUUUAACUUGGUCUAUAGACAGUGGUUAAAAUAGUAAAGCUUUGAUUUCAUAAUGUUUCAUGUGACAUAAGGGCACAAAUUUAGAGGAGGUGAGCGUUCAUAACAAAGUGGCGGAACUGCUUUAUUUACCAACAUCACAUGCGAUUACAUCACAAGAGGGACUCAGGCUCCUUUACUGUACAUCAGCUUAAUGUGUAGUAACACUUGUAGUAGUAGUAGUGGUAGUAGUGGUAGGCUUAACCAAUGGGCUGACACAAUCAGCAUCAAUCAGUCUCUCUGUCUCUUCCUUUCUGUCUCGCAGAUAAACAGCGUGUGAAUUUAUUCAGCAAAGAGACAGCAUUUAAUUUAUGAAGACCACAAAGUCCUUUGAUGACACAAGAUAAGAGUGAUUUUAAAGAAGGGACAUAUCUAUCCAUUGUUCAACAGUUUUGACACCAAACAAAAGCCUUCAGCCUUUUGCCAUCAGAUGGGCUCAGAGUGGAACAAUUAAACCUCUAUUAGCCGAUGAAGAGGACACACAGGUUCAUAUGACAGCAUGAAGCAGCCAAGACACCAAAUAUAAAAGCUUGAGGGAAGAUUUGUAUCCUGUUAUGAGUCUGUCCUCAUGUCCUCUGUCCCAACACUGUAAUUAUAGAAGAUUUAAAGCCAUUUGUGCCUGGCUCCUUCACUGGGAUUUGGCCAUUUUAAUGCCAUGACUCACCACUCCAAGUGCUUUUGUUCAACAAAAACAAGCCUUCUCCUGACACUGUUUUGAGGACAACAUUGCUGUGGUCACUGAAGGUUUGCUGGCUCAGAGAGAAGCCAGCUGGAUUAGUGUAAAUAUCACUAAUCUAAUUGCUGUUGCUCAGCAAAGAAGUGCAUCCCCUCUAUUUUUAGUCUAGUGGCUGUUUUUGACACAGGAGGAAACUGAACCAGUUCUUUUCAGCAUUUAAAUAACAGUCAUUCUCUGCAGCUGAGGAAGGGUCAUAGGGGGCAACACUUAUUAAUGUACAUGUGGAGUGAAGACUGGCUUGUGUGGUCCGAGCAAAGAGAAGAGCUACUGGAGUUCAAACUGCUGAAAAAGUGAAAACAGCUUCUGAUUAAAAGGUCUUUGAUUUUUCCACAGCAGAUGUGCAUCUAGAGUGAUAUAUCAGACUUUUAAAAGGACAAGAAAUGAGGAUUUUUUGUCUGAUAGAAUAAGUAGCUGAGAUGUAACAUGUAUCGGUUUGUCCACAGGGGGGCACCAAAGUUGACAAAAACAAAGUUUCUCACAGGAGCUUUAAAGUGAGGAGUUUUUAGCUGGUUAUGAAAAAGACCAAAAUCAAAAGUGAUGCUCUUUACGUCCUAAAAGAAUAAAAAAACAAGAUUGGUUCAAGGUCAAGAGGUAACCUUUUGUCCAGGGGGCGCCAAAUUAACAAAAAUAAUUCCUCACAGGAGCUUUAAUUUGUUUUAUGCAGUAAUAUUACCUCCCUAAGCACAGAUUCUUUGAUUUGAUCCAGAGUCCUUGUUCACUGGAGAUAUUGUGUCGCUGCUGUUAUGCUGUAAAGUGUUGCUAUCUGAUGCCCUAUUAUUUUGUGUUCAGAACUUCCCUCAGGACAACCAGAAGGUCCGUUUGUCUGUAAAUGGCUUCCUGUGUGCGUUUGAGAUCCCUGUGCCAGGUUCACCAACAUCACUGAGCUCACCUACACUGACAGGUGAGCAUGUUUUUAUCACCUCUUUGUCUUUACAAUCCUAUCCUCAGUCUUAUCCUUUAAUCUGCUCUGUAAUUGUUUGCAACCUUUCUUUUUAUAAAAAGAUUAAGUUUUGAACUUUUUUGAUUUGUUCCAAUCCACAGCUCAUCAUUUUUGUAUUUCUAUACUCCCUUUUUUUCUGCAGAUAUCACCCCAAUCGCCAACGGUUCAGCUGCUAAUGGGAUUCCAGGGAACAAACCUGUCCUCAUCCCAAACGGAGGACCCAGCACAGUGGUACCCUGCAGCCCAGAGACACCGCUUGCCAACGGGGUCGCCAAUGGCCACAUUACACCUGUGUUUGAGAGCCCCUUCAUUGGAUACAUCAUCGCCAUGCACAGAAAAAUGGUGAGAACUUAUGCCGUAAUGAUACACAAAAGUGGACGUGAUUUGAGCCUUUUACUGACUGCAGACAGAGCACAAACAUACACAGGCACGACACACAGUUCCAAUUCUCUUCCUGAUAACCCAACAAAUCUCACCAUAUCAUCAUCUUUGAAGUUUAUUGUAAAAAUCACAAUAUUAUCAUAAAUAGGAGAGUAAAAAUAGUCAAUAAAGUAAAUAAUCUUUAUUAGUAUUUUAAGUUGUUUUUGAGCUUUGAAGGGAGCAAGGAGAAGAGAUAACAUGCAAUAUAAGGCCAGGGACCAAGCUUUGAUACUUGUGCCUCAUGAUUUAACAGUUUAACCAACCCUCCUGAUAGCAUUAUCCAGAUCUAUUCUGUUUGUGUUAUUAUAGUUAUUAUGUUGUUAUUAGGGCUAUCAAUCUUUUUUUUUUUUUAAUCGCGAUUAAUCGCAGAAUCUUGAUAGUUAAUUGUGAUUAAUCGUGGUUUGAAUUGCAUGUUUAAAACUCUGUUCUUUUGCAUUUCAAGGCAGUUUUAAGCUCAUAGUGUAAAGUAUUUCUUACCAGAGUCUUAAUUGGGAAUCAAAUGAACACAAAGAAAGAAUUUCCUCUUUGACCUUUUGUAUUCUUUCAAAAAAAAGUGCCAUGUAGACCAACUUAAUACUAUGUGUAUGUUAAAUAUGUUUUAUAACACAGGCUUUGCUUUUCAAAUAAUAAUCAGCUGUUUCUCAUUAGUGAGUUAUGGUGUGCAAACAGAUUUGUUACAUUGCAGAGCUCAAAACUGUGUAUUCUGCAUUCUUGUAAGGUCAUAGGAACUGCACCAUUGAGAGUAUACUCUGACGUCACUUUUCCGCCAGGAUACACCCACUCAGUCAGACUGAGUGGAAAACCCAAGCAGCAACCUCUGAUGUUGAAAAAUGAAGCCAGUGUGGGAGUGCAGAAAGCUGCAGUUGCAAGUCCUCAUUAAUGACUGCCUGCAGAAACCAAAGGGACCCUUUUCUACCUCCUUUGUACUUGUUGCUGUUUGCCACAAGUCCACCUCAGCCCCACCUCUUUUCUGUUAAUUCAAAGUUAGGUUGAGUCAGCUUUUCCAAUAUGGCUGCUAUCACUGUGAUUUAAAAGCCUCUUGUGAAAGCAAUGGAGGAUGUCAGCAAAAUUACAUCUUCAUUUUAUACAGUUUUAGUGAUGAAUUACAUUAUGAUUCAUUGCAAAACUUGAUGUGACAGCAAGUAUUUGGGGGAUAUUACGACCAAGUACAAAUAUGUCCAUCAAACAAUGAGAGAUUGUCUGAGUGAGUAAUCUGAGAUGGCAAUCUUUUAUAAAUAGAAAAAACAAGAAUGUAAAAUGGUUAGGAUCAUACUGUAACAGUCAAAAUAUACCUGAGUAGCCCAGGUUCAAAAUAGAGUUAUGCAAUACAUACAUACUGUCAGGGAUUCUGCAGACCACAUGUUAAUAGCUGCUGAAUUUUUAGCUGUUUUUAUUCAACAAAAUCUCAACAGAGUCGUGCUUGAGCUCCAGCUGUUGUUCUGACUUCCAUGUUUGUGUCACUCCACAGAUGCGCACAGAGCUGUACUUUCUAUCAUCUCAGAAGAACCGGCCCAGUCUGUUCGGGAUGCCGCUCAUCGUCCCCUGCACCGUCCACACCAGUAAGAAGGAUCUGUACGAUGCUGUCUGGAUCCAAGUGUCCCGCCUGGCAAGCCCACUACCCCCACAGGAGGCCAGCAACCACGCCCAGGACUGGUAGGCUGACAGAGAGGGAGAGACAGUGAAGGAUAAUGUGGGGUCACGGUGUAAUGUAACGAAGAUCAUGAGGAUUGGCCUCAGCUGAUCCAAACUUCUGAGGAUGAAGGCUGAGCUGUAUCAGUGAUCUAGAGCCGGAUUCAUUAACGCUUCUUUGUUUAGUUUAGUUACACCAAACUCUAAAAAUAACAAACUGAAAUGCUCUGAUAAGAUGGUUGACUGUAAACAACAACGACAACAAACUGCAUUUUUAAAUGAUCGUAUUCACACUGACCUUGUUUAUGAGUGACAUAAUCCCUCAUUGAGUUUCUUCCUCUUUGACCCUGCAGUGAUGACAGUAUGGGCUACCAGUAUCCCUUCACCUUACGGGUUGUGGGGAAAGAUGGCAACUCAUGUGCCUGGUGUCCCUGGUACAGGUAAGACCAUUUCAUACUGAACAAAGGAAUGGGGCUUCAGCCUUUUUCAAGCACCCUGAUGUGCUGUGAAGAAGCUGUGUUAUUAUGCCUGCUAGGACUGGAGCAGUAUGUCAAUAUUCUAGCACUUCACUCGCUAAUCAACCAUGUUUCUGAUGUGUGGCUCAAAGCCCAGGCCAAACAGGCUCAACAUAGUUCUCAACUGAAGAGGACAAAAAAAAUAAAUACUGAAGAUUCCCUCGUAAAGAAAUCAUCAUUUUACAGCAGUCAAGCCUUUUCACUUUUACUUUUAAUGCCUUUUUUUCCUCAUUGUAAACCAAAAAGGUGACAAGAUGGACAUUGUUAAUGAGUGCAGGACAGUCAUUGUAAGUAAAGUGUUGCACCCCAGAGGUAAUUGUUGUUUAAAGCAACCACUGCAGAGUUUUGGAUGUUACUUUGUGAAUCCACUUCCUGUUUUCUGCGUCCCUAGCAUAAAAAGCGUAUAAUUUAAAACAUUUAACAAACAGAGUUGAAUGUAGCUUCAAGUAUCAUGCCUAAAAGUGAUAAAAGGUGCUAUAAUAUGCAGUGCAAAGCUAUCGUUUGUGUUUAUAUCUAUCACCACGGCAAGAUGGUCUCAUACACUUUUAAAACUGAUGCUCUAAGAUUUCACGUAAAUCCAGCAACAACAACAGAGGAGGAGCAUGAAUGAAUCAAAGAGUAAUACACUCUUCUUUGUCUGUCAUCAAGGUUUUGAAGUGCUCCCAAAUAUAUUUACUUGCCUGAUGAUGUUCAUUUGGACCUUUUAGUGGGUGUACUCUCUUAAAUGACGCUCAGAUUGACCUGUUUCUCCGUGUGUUUACAGGUUUUGUCGAGGUUGUACCAUAGAGUGUUGUGAGGACAGAGCGUCAGUAGGAAAUGCUUACAUCGCUGUUGACUGGGACCCCACCGCCCUGCACCUCCGCUACCAGACCUCCCAGGAGAGGGUAAGUUCACACACACUGGGCUGAUCACCGUGCAGAAAAAAACAAAAAACAUCAAUAUCCAAAAUACAACAUCUUAGAUUUUCUCUGAUUGGACCAGUGGUGUCUUACAUGUGCUCCUCUUGGAGAACAAACUCAGAAAAGUUUGCCUGCCCCUCCUCUGAGCUUGACUUCAUUUGGCUUGUGUUUUGUAAAUGUGGAAGUCUUGAGACAUGAUCGAUGUCAGCGGUGUAACUUUGUUUAAUACAAACCUAUGCAAUUCACAUUUUGACCACAAGGAGUCAUUAGUGAGCUGCUUUAUCAGUUCAGUCAGCUACAGAGGGACAUUAAGAAACCUCAAAGCUGUGGCAUCAUAAUGCAUCUUUCUUGUGAUUAUGGCAGCUUCAAACUUAAAUAACAUCCAGAGAAACUCUUGCAGAAAUAUACCAAGACUGUUUUUGUUUGAUAAGUGCUUCUUCUGUAUGUCUGCAGAUUGUGGAGGAGCACUGCAGUGUGGAGCAGUCUCGUCGGGCGCAGGCAGAGCCCAUCAGCCUGGACAGCUGUCUGAAGGCCUUCACCAGUGAGGAGGAGCUGGGCGAGGACGAGCUUUACUACUGCUCCAAGUGCAAGACACACCGACUCGCCACCAAGAAGCUGGACCUCUGGAGGCUGCCACCCAUUCUGGUCAUUAUCCAGUUUCCUUUUUGUAUCUAGUUCCAGGAUCGAUAGGUUUUAUUAUGUUUUAACCUGAACAUGAGAUUUUAGGUUUCAAGCUGGUGUGUGCUUCUCUUCAGAUUGUCCACCUGAAGCGCUUCCAGUUUGUGAACGGCCGCUGGAUCAAGUCCCAGAAGAUUGUAAAGUUCCCGAGGGAGAACUUUGACCCCAGCGCCUUCCUGGCCCCCAGAGACCUGGAGCAACACUGUCUGCACUCCCGCAGCGAGAGUGAGGACCUGCUGAGGGUCGGAGAGGACAACCUGUCCUCCAUCUCUGCCCCUGCCGGCUUCUGUAACCUCAACAAAGGUACAAUCUGUUGAUUUUAGCCUAAUAUUCCGUUUUUAAAGUCAAUCUUGUACAAAGAGUUAAACUUCAUUUACCGCUUUAUUAGUUAAGAUCAAUCAAGACCUACUUUGGUACUUAUCGGUCAUUGUGAUAGUCAGAGUCUUCAAGGUUUUUACAGUCUUAGAAAAUGUACAGCCUUGGCUAAAUGUUAAAGUCAGAGAACCAAAACAAUAGCGGAAGUGUUUAUUUAUCAUUGUUAUCGGUAAUCAUUUUAACCAAUUUUACUUAAAAUACACAAAAAAAUACUGAACCAAAUCUUUUUAAUUCAGGAGGAGUUGAUAAAAAUAGAACAUGAUGGUUUGCAAAUAUUUAAAGCUCAUAUUUAAUCAAAAAGUAGUGCAAAAAACAACAAAAUGUCACAAUUAAAAUAUGUGUCACUUUAUGAAAAAGAUCUGAAAUUUGACGUCAGCUACAUUUUUAAAACAGUCGGGACAAAACACAAUAAAUGGUAAUGCUUUAAAAAAAAAACACCUGAUGCAGCAUCUCACAACUAUGUAAGUUAAUUUGCAUCAGGAAAGUGACCCGACUGGAUGUAAGAAGACCAUUUCAGGGAGGCCGAGUCUCUUAGAAGUAAAGAUAGGAAUAUGUAAAUCACUUUGCAUGAGCAAGUGGUUGUAAAAUUUAAAAAUGAAGAAAUCUUGGUACAAAAAGGACAAGGCUGAAAACCAACACUGGACGGCCAUGAUCUUUGGAUACUCAGGCAACACUGAAAUAAAAACAGCACGACUCUGUAGAGGAAAUUACUGCAUGGACUAAAAAAACACCUCUACAAACCACUGUCUGUGCACAAAGUGUCUCUCUGCAUCCACCUAUGCAGGUUAAAACUGUGCCAUGCUAAGACGGAAACUAUACAUCAUGAUGGGUCAACAGAAAAUACUACAAAGGGGACAUCAAUUGUUGAUCAGUUUGAUUUGUUGUCUUGUACUAUUUUGAUCAAAUAUGGGAUUUGAAUGAUUUGACUAUAUAGAGGUGGUGGAUCUUCUUGCUGGUGGUCUUCUUUGGUCUUGUAGGUGCUGUAGGGGCAUCACUCAAAACUAGAGUCUGUUUUCUAACUCUUCACAGAGGCUUUAAAUAGACCUUGUAAAGUCUGACACAUGUGAUUACAUAGUGUAAAACAGAUGCACACCUUUUUUUAUAUCACUUUCCGUGUGAUGGAUAUCUGAUGUCUGUGGGCCCAGCUAAACAGACCAUAGUAUAAAAGAGCAAUACAGCCUCUGACCCAGUUGCACAGGAUAUGAAUGUAACUCUGUGGUUUCCUCACAGCCUCUCCUGCCUCGAGUAGAAAGUCAGCACCUUCUCGAAGCCAAACCAGCAGCCCCUCCUGCAGCCCAAAGACUAGCUCCGGAGGCCGCAGAACAGGCCGGCUACGUCUCCCUCAGCUGGGCAGCAGACACCGGCUCUCCAACAGUAAAGAGAGCCUGGAUGGAGCUGCUAAUCAAGAGGUUGAGUCUCGAGAUGGUGCAUCACAGGCGGACACAGAGGGGAGCACGGCAGGGACAAUGGUGCUGAGCCACCCUGAUUCUGGAGACGGGAUCACGUUAGAAUCUCUGAGCAGCACAGAGGCAUCCAGCAGCCACUGUGACGUGGUUCUGGUGAACGGUGAGAGCAACGGGCUGAGCUCUGACUGCAGCAUGGAGAGCAGCGUGGACCCUGAGAGCUCUCUGCUGCAGCACAGAGACAACAUGUGUCUGGACGCCAUCUACAACCUCUAUGCAAUAUCAGUAAGAACCACACAACAGAGUCUUAAUCACACAUGUGGUGUUAAAGGGGAAUUAUGUUAGAUUUUUCUAAUCUGUCCUAAAUUUACUACAUAAUUGGGAAUUAGAUCAAAACAUAAGGAAUUGCUUCAGUGGAUUUCUUCAGUCUGCAACCACUUACAAGACUGAAUUGCCUGAUUUUGUUGCUCACAGGCUUAGAUCAGAGUCUGAAUCAUUACUUAAAGGAUCUCAAAGGGAUGAACUUUAAAAAAAAUGGAAAAAAAAACAUCCUUUUUCUUAACUGGAUACAUAUUUUCCAUCAUUCUCUUCAAAGUCAUCAGACGAGUUUGACAGAACUUGACAUUUUACCUCAUCAAACGUGGGAGUUGUUAUUUUUCUGGGUACAUUUUCUUUCCAGUCCCCACUAGAGGUGUUGAUAAAUAUUUAUCUACCCCUGUGAUGCUACAGAAAAAAACUCAACAAAAAAGUAUGCUUCCUAAAUGAUCAAUUUGUCUCGAAAAGUUACUUCAGAGCCAUAGCCAGCUUUUGUUUCUGCAAACUGAAAUAAUUUACUGGAACAAGAACUUUUUGUAGCUGUAAUUCAUUAAGACUCAAAACAUACAGGAAUCGUCUCUUUUUCUGCUUGGAAACCAGUUCACCUAAAGCUUUGUCCUCUUUUACUCAUCAGUGCCAUUCAGGAAUCAUGGGAGGAGGCCACUAUGUGACAUAUGCCAAAAACCCCAAUGAGAAAUGGUACUGUUACAAUGACAGCAGCUGUAAGGUAAGAAAGUAGGACAUCUCUCAUUCUGACUCCACAUCCAACAACAAACCUCAGUUUGAUCAGUAAAACAAAUAUUUGGUUGUUAGUACAGAAGCACAGCUUUGUCUGUAGUCUUCGCAUAUGCAUGGGGCUCAGGGGGGCAGUACCUGGUGUCUGAUUAGAGUUAUUCUAAGAUGCAGCUGCACAAGAGCAUUAGAGUGACAGUAACCUGAUGAAAUACAUGCACAAAUGAAAAUAAUCAAACUGAAUUUAUUUCUAAAAGUUAAAGGGAUGUUCCAGCGUAAAAUUAAGUUAAGGUCAAACACACUGUAACACUGAGUUAGACACCCCCUCAAGAGUUAAAUGUUGCCAACUGCUUGCCUCUCUAGUUAUACCAACUUUAGCAACGACAACACGAUAGCAAUACACAGUGGUCCCAUGUAAGUCAAAGAACCAUAAAAAUGGCAGAAGUUUCUACAUGAUUAGCUCAGAUUUCUGACUCUGCCAGUAGCCUCACUUUCAUCUGUCUUGUCUUAUUUCCCUCCAGGAGGUUCACUCUGAGGAAAUCGACACCGACUCGGCCUACAUCCUCUUCUACGAGCAGCAAGGCGUGGAGUACUCCCAGUUCCUGCCAAAGAUCGACGGCAAGAAGAUGGCCGACACCAGUAGCAUGGACGAAGACUUUGAGUCAGACUACAAGAAGUACUGUGUCCUCCAGUGAUUGUCUUCCAUCAGCCGGGACUAGACCUCCUGCUGCUGUGAUCAGGAAGAACCAGACUAAUUCAGAUCGAUCUGAUCACAAACUGCUAACGGCAAGAGUCAGGCUGCCCUCUCUCUGUGUUUUGGGACGCAUCGCGGCACUUUUUACUCCUGAUCGCUAACACGGAUUAGUGCAAAGAUUUGCCAAGACAAUGACGCCCUGGUGAAAGCACUAAACUGGUGCACUUUGCUGAGCCAGACAAAACAAAGCCCCUCUUUCUCUUCGUCCUCCUCUUGUGUGAACAACCCUCGCCAUAACAUACAUAUGUAACAUUUACUCGCAUACUAACACAUCUCUGAAUGUAUGCCAGUGUGGCCAAGUCAUGAAAUCUUACUCUACAUUUAUCACCUGUGAUGAAGAUAUCAUGUGACCUGAGCCUGGACGUCUGAGAAGAAGAAGAAGAGCACAGAAUGGAUUCCAGGUGUAAACUCAAGGCCAGUUUCAAAAGCCAACAGUCAGAUUCAAUGCCACUUUGCAACACAAUGAUAAAUGUAAUGUCUAAUCUGUUGGAUACUUUGAUAACAUUUUAGAAAAUGCUUCUCCAAAGGUUUUAUUAGCGAUUGCGUCACUUAAUUCAUAUGCUACCUCAUCACUUCACACAAUGUCGGCCAACUCCCUAAACUUCUGUGACAGUAUUAAUAUUGAGUAAAUGCUUCCUAGGUGUCAUGGUACACACAUUUCAUUUCGCUUCACUCUCACAUGUCCUAAUGUGGACAUAAAGGGUGUGUUUGAUCCAGCAAGCUGCCAAAUAUCAGUGUGAUUUAGUGCAAUUUGACCCAUAAUUCCUCUGAAACUCAGAAGGGUUAAGUGUCAGUCUUGGUUUGUUGAGAGCGGGUGCCAUAAUUUCAAAAAGAGACACUACAAGAUAAACAGUAUGAUUUUGUUUUCAUCCUGCAGGUUUUGUCAGUACUGAUUAUUUUAUUGUGGUUGAUUUUUUUUUUUUUUAGCUUCUGAAGCCAAUUCGGGUUUGAGGACAGGAGAGAUUGAUAUCUGAGAGGGGUCCAGCUUAUUUUACUUCACCCAUCUUUCACCUGCUGCAGCUCUCAACUGUCAGGUUUCAGGCAACAUCCAAACAUUCACUGCAUCCACACCUUUAUCUCACACACCCCCAGGUCUUACAUAGAUUGCAGCUCCUAUAGCACCAAAGAUCGGGGCUUCAUUUACCUCCUCUGUCUACUUUGUAUCAAGGUCCAGUUCACAAAGCACAGUCCCUUAAAGACAUCGAAGCACAAACAAGUCCACAAAGUUUCGCAGCUCUGUGCAGUUUAGUCUUACUCUGCUUCUGAUUGUAGAGACGAGCUGUUUGCGUCUCCACUCUUCACCCUGUUUUUUCCUCUCAUGGCACUCAGAUCUGUGCACAUACAGAUGAUGAGCUGAUCAGCACGGUUUGUAGUACAUGUACUAGAAGAAAGGAAGAUUCUGUUGAUUUGGAUGCUGUCUUAUAAUCACACCACUGUGAUGUGGUCGUAGUUGUAACUAUCAGCUGUUAUAAUGAUGAGCUAUUCUUGAUGUGAAGUGAGUCAUCCGUAUGACAAGACUAAAGGACUCUUAUCAGAUGUGUUUGAUAGUUUAUUAGCACCAUGGAGCCCGUACAAAAUGCUUAUUUUCACAUUUAACCCCCUUCAAAGUUCCUCAUUGCAUCUUUAUGUACAGCUGUGCAUCACUGCAGCAAGGUGAGGAACCAUUGAGGCUUCACCCACAUUAUUAUCUGUGCUAUGUUAGCACCUAUAGUCUCUUGGUUAUGAUUUAACCUCAGCAGUCUGUGAAGUUACUGUCAUCUGUAAAUACAGACUCUGUUGACUUUUUCACUACGUACGUUUCCAGACAGUUUUCAGGAUCCUCGCCCUAUGAUAUUUUUCAAACAUGGUUUUUUUCAUACAUCCCUCUCAGUGUGUGGUUUCCCUCAUUGGGCAGGGGUGAGGGGGUCUCAUGACACAACGUAAAAAGGAUUCUGUAGUAAAUUUAUGAUGGAUCCAAGAUCACAGUUUGAUCAAAAUCUGACACCAUUAGAAUUUUUUGCCUUUUAUUAGUGCAGAAAAGAGUGUGGAGUUUCUUGUACUGUAAAACUAAUUCAAAGACUGCGCUGGGCUUGUCAGUCUUCUCAUCUCAACAUCAGCUCUUACACUUGCUUUCAGUGGUUUUUUAACAUCUUGACCUCUUACACAAAUUUUUCCAAGGAGCUGGCAGGAAAAAUUUGGAGUAAAAAUUUGCAUCAAGACAUGCAGCUUACCUGCUUGUGUGAGCUAGUCUAGUAGCACCCCCAUCCCAACAGCAUGCAUAACUCUUUACCUCUUUGCAUGUUACCUAUAAAUAUUCACCCAUCUAAACAAAUAAACUGCAUACCUGACCUGUUUUUAUUCCAGGCUGUAAACAUGUUUCAUUUUACUGUAAAAUUGACAUUUUAACAUGGGACCUGACAGGGAUUUCUUGGCUUUUGCAGCCAGCCUGUGGACUCUAAAGGAACUGCAGUUUUUUGCACUUGGUAUGUUCGUGGUCCUGUAGAUGUGUUUUCUGGUGUCAAUGUGGACAGAAAGUGUUCUGCAAUGUUGAGAUAAAAGGGUUAUUAUCCCUAAAUAAAUGUGUUAAAUGCAAUUAUCAUGAGAGUUAGGGAUUGAAAAACCAGACUUUGGUUCACUUCUGUACUUAUGAAACAACAUAUAACCAUUACGUGGUUUGUUUUCCUUUUGAGAGCUGCAGCAGUUUGUGUCUGGAGUGAAGUAAGGUCAGUGAAAGCUCCACUGGACCCCUAACUUUUUAACAUCAUCUUCCUGUAACUAAGUCCUGCUCCUCUUUUCUCAGCCCCUUGAUGUGACUCUUUGAAAUGAACAAACCCAUGUCUCUCCUGUCUGGAGUCCAGUCUGGUGUGUAGCAGUAUGUGUGGAGCCCCUCAGGCUCGGUCUGAUCACUGUGAACAGAAAGUAACAGCAGACGGUCAUUCAGUCGGUAAAAUGACCCUAUUCGUCUCUUAUAUUGCAGGAGAAACCCCUCUGCAUUCGCCCCCUAUUUUAGCUGCUGUAUUUAUGAGGAGAAGGCAUCAUUGUGGAUGUAUUUGGAGAGAUGUGUCACUGAAUGAAACUUUAUUUUCUUUUGCAUUUGUUGAACAAAUGGAAAUGUACAGAUGAGUGCUAUUUAUGUCUGCUUGCUCGGCUCUUUUCUUUUUUUUUACCCUCCUCCCCUCUUGUAGAAAUCUGUUUCAAACAUCAUCACAUGGCUCAAAGGGAAAAAAAAUUGUCUCUUGAGAACCCAGUUUAUAAUGUCUGCUUCAUUUUAAAGGUGCAAUAGCUGUCAAAUUGUCUUGUUUUGGCUGUGAAUGAUCCCUACAAUGGCUGCCUGUGUGAUGCUAAGCUAACGUACCUGUAGCUUAAACUGUAUUAGCAAAAACACAACUUAAAGUCGGGGUUGAUUUCAGCACAACUUCAAAAGGACUGAGCUCUGAUGCUGAAAUUGGACUGAUCAUAUGAACCACAAGGACUCUAUGUUAAGCCUCUCCCCUCUCUAGAAACCCUGCCUACCCCCACCCCAACCCCACUCCCCAGAAGAACAUUUCAGAGUGUCGGCAGGCAGUGCAAUCUACUACUGAGCUGUCUGUCAGUGUCUGUAGCCACUUUUUAUUUAAGUUCACCUCUGUCAGAUCUGAAACAGAGCUGUUAAUUUAAAGAACGUUUUUUUGUAACGUGUUCGUCAAAAGAAAGUGACAUCGCACUGACAUGAAAACAUGUACAUAAAACAAUGUGUUUUGUAAAUAAGCCAAUGAAAACGAUGUAUUUGAUUAUGAACUGUACAAAAUACUGUCCUUGUAGUUGUAUAUGGAGUGAAACUGUUGAUCUGUAACAAAAUACCCAAGCAACAAAUUAAAUUCUGCAGAGGAAACGACA